GACACGCCCAUGCUUGUAAGAAAGCCUGAACGGACGCAUAGUAGUCCCGGGGCCGCUGUUUGGGAACCCCUUUAACUGCUCGUCUUCCCUUCGCACCUCCUCAGUAGUGACUUCAGCCAGGGUUGGAGGGGGAGGAGCAGGCCGGGAAGAGCUCUACUCUGCUCCCAUGUUGAUGUUUGUUGUUUGCAAGGGUGGUAGCUUGGUGUGUUAGACGGGGACAGUAUGUGCACGGAGGGCUGUCGACUGGCCUGUCUGCAUGCUUCUUGUGGAAAGCUGCAACUUUUUCGGAAAACGCGGCUGGAUGGGAAAGAUUUGAUGUUGUGUUUUCGCCGCUGGUUACUGUGAAAUCCUUGGACAUAUGGCUGUGAGGUCCCGCUCGGUUCGAUGUGUGCGCAAAGACUCCUAAGGUCUCUGUGAGGAUGCUGGAGCUCGCCUGAGAACACCCCCGUUGAGUGGUGUUUCUCUGGAUUCCCCCUUUUUGAACCAAGUUCUCCGACAACGAGAGAGAGGCCAAUUUCAAACUAUUUCUCUACCCUUAACUUCCGAAAAUGGUGUUCUUUGCUUUGUCAUCGGUUCGAAACAAACCUGGAUAACGAAAGGAGCAGCUACGUGACAACACCCCGACACGACGACCAGCAUUACUUUGCUUCGGUAAGGCAGCGCUUCAACUGUCGCUUCAGAGGCUGAGCAGACGAACAGCCGGGGUGUCUGUAACGUUAUGUGUUGACAGCGCAGCUUUCACUCAUACCUUCAAUUUGUUAUUCCUACUGGGGGGGGAGGCGAAGCAUACAUACUCCAGUCAAAGCGGAUAGUUUUGGGGGGGAAGUGUGUGAAAAACGAGCUAGACCCCGAAUAAGAAAAUUAAAGUUGGCAAACGUGCUAACAUUAAGUUACCGAUGCCAGCCCAUUUACCAACUCGCUAGCAGUGUUAGCAUUAGCAGCAAUAUCGAUUCAGCUGCUAUAAAAUGCUAACCAGGUUGCUCGCUAACAAAGGCGCUUUUAACGUGAAGCUAAGGUAUGUGUGGGUCUCUGGUGAAGUUACUUAGCAAGUUAGCCAGCUAUGUUUAUCCAAACAUGCUGGAGUUGAGUGGUAGCUUCACUGAACUUCCGAGCAGUUCUGUUUUAAAUGAGAUACUUUAAUGUAAAGAGGGUUAGCUAGGUAUUAUUAACAGGAAGUGUGUCUUGCACUAGUCACAAACUUUUUUUUCCACGUACACUGACUCCAGGCAUUUAUUUAAAGAGACUGAACUGGUUUGUUCUCUUCACAGAGGCACAUCUGCCCCGGGAUUUAUUGAGCUGUGGGGGUUUUUAAGAAGCAAUUGAUGCAUCUCGGGGUAUCUGAGUCCAUGAGAGAGUGCGAGUACAGCCAAAUAAGCACUCGCAGCUCCACACCAAUGGAGACCCCUUACAAAAAAAGGACCCCAAAGAAGAGGAAGUGGGAGUCCUUCCCUGGUCGGAAUAAAUUUUACUGCGAUGGGAGGAUUAUGAUGGCCAAACAGACAGGGGUUUUCUACCUCACCCUUGUUCUCAUUCUAGUGACUUGUGGACUUUUCUUCACCUUUGAGUAAGUAUUGUUGAAAGUUUGGGAUCUUGCUUUUUGCUCCCAUCUGCUGUAUACUUAUGCUCACUGAUAUUGUGGAUUAGGAAUUUCAUUUCAUGAUUUCAGCUGUCAGAGAAAAAACUUUAGAUAUAGGUCAGUUAUGUCACCGGCAUCACUGGGUUCAUUUCCUAUGAUCUCCUCAGGGCUCAGGGAGAUGUCAGUGAAUACUGGUUAGGGAUUAAUCAGAGGCGUCUCUGUUUUAGGAAAUGCACAAGAUGCAAUCAGGGUUUGUGUACAAGAGGCAGAGUGCGCUUUGGCUGAUGCUGAUGUUACCUACUCUGUAACUGCACUUAUAAAGCUGUGUGUUGUGUUUAUGGCUCUUAUAUGCCCUUUCGCAAUGUAAACAGAGGGCAGUAAGCUGCUAUGUCAGAUUUAACAUUGAUGUUUUGGUAUGCAGGGUUUGAUGUCAAAGUAUCCUCCAGUUAAAGGGCUUGUCCUCAAACUACUCACACGGGCAGAGCAAACAUUAACUUAACUGAAGUAUCCUGGAGCAGGAUAUUGAAUUCCGAACUGUUGCAGGCUUGCUGUCCAGGGGAGUGGGAUCUCAUGUAUGGAGCAUGUAAAUUGACUUGUGUGAUGCCAACUUGGCAGAGGAUUGACGGACAGUUUUUCUUUCUGAUCUGCCUCAGUUAGUUUUAAGGAAACCAGAUCUAUUGCAGGUCGAUUCAGCAUUUUCCUCUGCUGUUGGAUAAGAGAGACACAUUUAAUUAAAUAACACAUCACCUAGGACCUAUGGAUUGGGUUUCGGAGACUGUGUGCCACUUUCAAUGGUUUAAUCACAGCCACACUAUCCCAGAGGAGCCCGCUGUCUCUGUCCCAAUGCUAGACAAACCUGUAAUCAACAGGCAGAAUGUAGUACUUUGCCACACUGUCUCAUCCAGCCUCUCAUCUUCAACUCAUCCUGGCCCAGCUGUGUCUGAAGUGCACGAUACAGCAUGUUGGGACAGACACUGACCUGAGUGCUUGGCUGUACAACCAGAGAGAGAAAGAGUGAUUACUCAGGAAUAAUAAGGUGAGGGUUAAUGCACUCUCGUCUGUCAUCCUUUGCCUGAUAAGAUUCCUGCUUCAUCUUGAGAUUUGUUGCUCAAUCAGGCAGUCUUUAUCAGGCUAAAGUGCUUUGGAGUCAGAGAAAGCUUAAUAGGCAAAAUAUGUUGAUGGCUGCCGCUCAGUAUCAGGGUUGUAAAUACAGUCCAUGCUUAAUAAACCAGGGGUAAAUCAGAAGACUGCUAACUAAAUGUCAACAAUUUGGAGUGAAUAAUUUACCAGUUAAAGAAAUAACCUAAAACUGUUCAUUGCCUUAUUAAAACAACAUUUAAAAAGAAUGUUAUGCACUAUUCCAAACCCUUUUUAGUUUGCCCUUUAACACGUGAUAAGUCCUUCACAGAUGCAAGGCAGCAUGUAUAUAUCAGCAGUGACCUCUGGAUCACUUCUUCCAAUACAUUGUCACCACAGACACUGACAUAAUCCAUGAGCAAAGGGCAGACAGCUAGAGAGAGGGCAUUGCAGGAUAAGCCUCCAGCCGUCCGAACUAGAUACUAGUAUGUCUCUCUAGUAUGAUUGAUAUAUAGGAGAGAAACUGAGUGACAGAGUGCAGUGUCCAUUUGAACCUGGAUGCUCCCCUGCGCCCACAUGGAGGAUGCCAGAUGCUUCCUGAUGAUACCUCUCCCCCCUCCUGUAGCUUCAUUUCCUUCGCUGUGGCCAGUCAAUGGGGCCCAGUGUGCUGUCCUCUGUUUGUUGUGACUACAGGGGACAUUUUUCAGGAACAUGAUGCAACCACAAAGCCACAUUUCAGCUUAGAUCUGUCCUCCCUGCUCAACUGUCCAUGUCCCCAGGCUGACUGAGCCCUCCUGGCUCUCCUCUCACCCUCCCCUUCUCUACUUCCCUCAGCUGAAAGCAUACAUUUAUCGGACAGGGUGAUAGUCAGCAGACCUGCACGCUGCCUUCUGUUGUCAUUAACUGUAAUGCGUUUCGAUUAGAUGUGUUUUUCUAACCCCUCUCGCCUGUUGUCAGCAUAUAGUGAGGCAGAACUCUUCAUUCACUUUGUGAGGGAUCCUUCUGUCAUUUCAAUUGCCUUUGUAUCCUAUUAUAAUCCUUAAAUGAGGCUGUACUUUGAAGACACCUGGUCUAUUUCUAUUUAAGGAUGAUGUUCUGCUCUGUGAAAUCUAGUCAGAGUCAACAGAUGGCGAGUAUUUAGGGAUAGAGACAUGCACACGAUGUGUUCCCGAGGUUUCUCUACAUUUUUGUUUUUCUUUUUGCUUGUUUUUUUUCUCUGACUGUCUGAGGGGUGCUCAGCCAUGCACAAUAAACUCUGUUAGUGACCCGCAGACUUUGCUCUGUUUAUUAUUGUGUAGCUGGCUCCCCACAGAUGUCCAUGUGUGCUGCUUUUGCACUCUUUUGUCUCAUAAAAGUCCAGUUUGGCAGAUGUUUGGAGAGGGACUCUGUUUGGUUGUUUGUUUUGAUGUGGAAAUUGUUGUAAAGAACCACAGCAUUGCCCAAGGAUAAAAGCUUUACACUCAGAUAUUUCUGAGGGUUAUUGAGACACCUAUGUAGAGCUGAGAUGUUAAAGCUUCAUUAAUAUAUUGUGCCCCAUUUACACACACUCAUGUUUUGAUAGAAGUUAGGUGCUUGGAUAACCAUGAAAGGAGAGAUGUAGGCUCAAUAUUUUUGCUCAAGGACACUUUGAUUUGUGGGUAGGAGGGGUAAAGGAUUCAGCCGCCAACCUUGUGCUAAAUGUACAACCAGGUGCCCUGUCCUUUUAUAUGUGUGUGUGUGUGUGUGUGUGUCUGUGUGUGUGUGUUAUGAGUUGGUAAAACAGAAGAAUCAAAGAAGCCACCUUGGCCUCUGUGAAAUUUAAUUGACAAUUUUCAAACCAAAUACUUAAUCACACUCAAGGCACCCAUGGAGGUCACAGGGAGUGCUUGCACUAUUUUCAAAGGCUGAAUCCUCACUGAAAAACACGGGUUUGAUUCCUACCAACAGCUUUUGUUGCAAGUUAUUACUCCCCUUUCUCCCCCUGUUCGUGCAUGUCUUUGGAUGUCUCUCAUAGACAAAGGGAAAAAAAAAUCAAAAACACAAAUCACAAAUAUAAUUGUUAUAUUAAUUAUUAAUAGGCUGUUUUCAAGCACACCUUGGCUCUGCUUGAAAAAAAACCAGAAGGGUUUGCUAAAGAAAUUACCUGGGUAAAUAUUUACCAAGGUGGCACACAAGUAUUUGUGCAUUGCUGCAUGUUUUUUCCAUGGCCAUAUUUAUGUCUAAUUUCCAUAUAUUUGGGUAAAAGGACCUCUGUAAGCUACUGUUGUUUGUCAAGUAUUUGCAUACAGUGAAAGCUGCUAUUUAGGGAAAUCAUGAACCUAGUGACCUAUCGGAAGUUUGAGUUUACAUAAAUAUUAUCUGUUGCUUGCUGCUGUUAUUUUAGUGAAAGAGGAGUCUCCUUCUCCACUCCUUUGCUGCAAUAGUAGUACUUGCAAAACUGAACAGGAAAAAAAUAAAUCCAAGGGUAGGGACAUCGAGUUAACAACUUGCUGUGAAGAAAUGCCCAUUAAUGAAAAAAGGAAAAGGAAAAAAAAAACAGAUUUUUACACAGAACAUCUCCCAGACCAAAGCCUGAUUUGAGUGAGCACAUUUACAUGGACUGAAGUAUCCUACUUUUAAACCCUUUUCCAGUUUUUUGAUCAUAUACAUGAUCUUGUAAUCACAUGCACACUGAGAAGCAUCAUGCUCUCGUUGCUGACAUGUUUGUUUUGCUGCUGUGUUAUUCAGCUGUCAGAAACUUGAAUAAAAGCUGAUCAAACGUGGGAUACUCCAGGCCAUGUAAAUGCACUCUGUGAUACAAUAAUAGGACAGUCUUUGAUUUAAGAGGCCCACACAGCCAACUUUGUCUUAUUUAUGUCCUUAAGUAAAGCCACUAACUGUUAAUUUGUAGUGCUUGUAGGGAGAUGUACACUGUUUGGCUGUGUUAUUUGGCACUCUUAUUGUACUCUGAAGAAACCACCAUAAGAGAGAGCUCAAGACUCUGUUACAUGUAUCUGUGAUAUUUGGACCUUGUACUGUUUAGGAUGUAGGGAUUGUGUUCAGUCUCCACACCUGAUACUUUUUGAAUAUUUUCGCAGGUAAAUGACUUUGCAGCUAGAUCAAAAAGUUUUUGAUAGUCACUUGAUUUUCUCCAUUAAUCAUAGCUACGGUUGGGAACAUGUUGAACCUGACUUUUUGAUCAGCAUGCUUUCUGGUGUAAUUAAAAGAAACUUACAUUGGCAGGUGAGCUAGUGAAUUAAAUCAAGAAUGUCAUCAGAUGCUCUUAGCUAGUAAUCAAGAUAGACAGGUUCAUUUUUUGGCAGACCAUAUAAACAUUCAUUCACUGAACAUGGCAACUAAGACGCCUCAUAAGCAGCGCACUGAAAUGUUAAUCACGUGUUAUACUUUAGCGGUUAACCAGUGUUGGGUUUGUUUCAACUGCUCUGACUGUAAACUGCUCUCACCUGGAGAUGUAGCCUGAGUGUGUGCGUGUAUCACCUCCCUAUUAGAGCUGAGCCUGACUCAGAAUUCAGCCAGUUGAAUCAUACUUUGGUUGUAGUUUGUGUGUAGAGUUUUGCCUGUUCCCUUUUUUCAGAUCAGCGCCACCCAAACGUCUUAUAUCAGCCAACUUGAGUCAGAUCAUGUUUUACUCUGAAGAUGGAUCGGUCUUGCAUAGGUGAGGGCUGCAAGCCAAAUGCAUAAAACAUUCCUGCAUGACUUUAUUUUACCUGGUGAAAGAUUUAAGGCCGCAAGUAAAUAAAAGAUAGAAAGCUUACAGCCCCUCAGCCAAAAUGCUGAGGGGCUGUAAGGAGAAAUUGAGAAUUUUAAUGUGAAACUGCGUUAUGCAGUCUUUUACCAGUUCUAUCAGCCAAACAUGAAAGGGAACCCUCUUGUCCCAUUGGUGCUUUGUGCUGCUAACCUUUUGCCCCUUUCUUCAAAUGAUCCUUACUUCUGAAAAUUUCCUGACUCUGGCCGUGCCCAUUGACCUCGACAUUUUUCAAGCCGUUUCUUAGCAUUUUUGUGUGUAUUGAUUGGACAGCUUUAAAGGGAAGCUUUUGGAAGCAGAGAGUGGGGGAAGAGACACAGUAAAGAGUCCAGAGUUGAACCAAGAACCACAGUAAUAAGGACUAUAGCUUCUGUGCUUGGGGUGCAUUAAACUGCCAGCUGGUGCACCAAUUUAAAAUAGAUUUUUCCAGCCCUUGGUGAAAAAUCACAUGUGAAAUCCAAGCAAGUCAAUGUGUGAAUACAGCAGGUGAUAAGCUGUGACAUUCACAGUAAACAGGUGUGUUUAUGUUGGGUCAAGUUGUGCUGCUUUAUGCACUUUAUAAAUGGUCUCAGUUAGCUCUGAGAUUUGUCCACACUUGUCUUUAUAUUGUAGAAACAUUCUAAAGUACUGUAUGUUCACAGUGAUGUUAUACUUAGCAGUUUGUCAUGAAGUUGCAUAUCAAAUUACUUUGAAUAAAGAAAUGAGGAAUUUGACACAAAUUAGACUUGCUUUUUUUUAUGGAGUAAAAGAUGAUUUUUAUUUCUUUGAGUAUAAAGAAGUCAGAUUCUGCAGUUAGAGCUGCAUCGAUGGCAACUUUGCAACCUUCAAACAAAAAAGAUAGAUUGUAAUUCAGGCUGACAAAUAGCUCAGUUAUUGUCAUUUUUAAAUUUGCAAUUAAGGUUAAAAAAAAAACAAGUCAGUCUGUUAAUAUGCACUUGAUAUGUCUGACCCAUGUGGCUGCAAACUCAUAGACCCAAGCCUUGUUUCAAACCUCAUCACAUUGUUCUCAUUUAGGAUAUCUUGGGGCUACAGGUUCUUCGGUGUUCUGUAAAGACAAAUACUAAAAAAUGGUAGCUUUCAUGAAAACAUUUUUAAUGCUGAUAAAUAUGUUUGUCCACAGGUUUAGUAAUAAACUGGGACAUUACAGAAACUACAGGCAGACCAAGGUCAGCUUUUAAAUGGGGGUCAUCAUUUUCAUAUUGAUUUAUCGAGUAUAGGGAUCUCGUGACUCUCUCAUGCUUGCACAGCAUUGGCUCUGCACAAUACUCCUACAGGAUGGAAAAUGUGUUUGCUGCAUGCUGAGGCAACAAGAACCUAGCUUUUGUGUCAUAAGGCCAACUAUUGCAACAGAUUCUUUGUCCACAUAAUUUGAACAGUCACACCCAAUGGCAGACGUGGUUUUCUAACACAAGAACUGCUCAUUACAUUCCUCUGAAGACAUGUUGUCAAAUAGGAAUUUGUCGUUGUUUGCCAUUCCUGAUUUGGCCUCACUUGCUCAAACACUUAGAUGAAUAGAGUAAAUGUUUACACAUGAAAUGCAGAGAAGCAUGCCAUCGUUUUGCCACAGCACAGUUCUGUUUCAACUAAAAAGUCAAUAGACAUAUUAUUGACAGUGUAGUUAUGAAUUGAUAGAGAAUAGCCAGAUCCAGAUUAUUUCAGAAUGGACAUAUUAACACUAUUUCGUUGUAGAACAUUUUGUCAAAAACUCAAAUCUGUUUUGUCAAAAGAAGAGAGAGGUCUGUUCUGUUGCCUUGACUCAGUAAAACUAAAAGUCAUGUCCAGCUGUAGCUUUCAGAGGUGAACAUAGGGCUCUGCAAUAAACCGAAAAAUUACUGAUACUGAAAUUUAUGAGAAUAACCAAUGUCAAUUUGCCCAUAUUGGAAUAUUCAGCGUCAAAAGAUAAAUAAAUAAAAGUUGGUUUUGGAUGUGUGUAGGUAGGCUAUGGUUUCAUGUCCCUAUAAGACGCUGUCCUACGUCGGAGACGUAACUCCACCCAAUCCAGUCUGUAACAAAGCGGUAAAGACAGGUGAGGAGAUGGAGGACGGUUCAAAGGUUGUAGCGACUGGAGCGGCGGCUUAAGUUGAAGAAGUUAAUGUGGGAGAGGGUGAGCAGCUUGUGGAGUAGUUAUCGUCCAUUUAUCGUUAUCGAGGUGAACUGCUCAAUAUAUCGUGAUAUUGAUUUGAGGCCAUAUCGCCCAGCCCUAAGUGUACAGCUCCAAGUCUACAAUCAAUCCCAGCACCUUCUGUUUGUCACACAGCUUACCAGUGCUAUUACAUACAGUAUAUUGUAGUUCAACUUGUAGUUAAGGGCAUGGUAUGUGUUGUUAGUGUAACCUACCCAGUGCUCUUAAAUGCAUGUUUACACAUUUAACCACCUUCUUGAGUCUCAGUGUUGUGCAGGGGUGACAUCUGGAUGAAAGGUGUGCAGUAAUUAUGGUCCAUUUGGUAAUUUUGGCAAAGCUGAACAUUUCAAAGCACUUGUUGUUCAGUGGUUUUGUUGUCUAAUGAGCUGGUCAACUCUUAAGAGGAGGUCCAUGUUCAGCCCUGGCCUACCAUCAAAAACAAUGAAAAUGUAAUAAAGGGUAAAGCUGACAAAGCUUUGUAUCCCUGCUGCCCACAUCAGUAGCGACUUUGGAGUGACAGCCCACGAAGCCAAGUGCUUCAGAUGCAACUUAUCUGAACUUCCAUUAAUUUAUUCCAGCAUCACUUUUGAGUCUCAUCUCUGGGUAAAAUAUGUCCCCCUUUGAAGCAAGUAUUGAUCAACAUUGCAGCUCCAGAUUUUGGGUGUGCAUGUGAGGAUGGAUGAUCUAUGUUUGGCUCACUUUUUUUUUGCACAUCACAGGAUAUUGAUUGCUUUUCAAGCUGCAUGACUGAAGAAGAGAGUAAACGAGGGAGCAGUUUAUCUCAGGUGACACUGAGAGGACAGCCAGUGAGCAGGGCUGAGUGAAGCCAGCUUCACACGGCUACAUCCAGCAGAGAUGAAAGUCCCCUGAGCUUAACCCCCGGCUGAGUUUUUAAAAACUGGUUGGCAUCAUAGGAGGAUUAAAUUGGAAAUGUGAUAACGGUAAUCUGGAUUGGAUUAUUGUUGAGAUUAGUGCACCCUUUGGGAGGCAAAUGAGUCGAAAACCUUUGGAGGCCCCUCUGAAGCAAAAAGAUUACCUUUGGUGUUCUCUAAAAAAUAAUCCUAUGUCCCUCCACUGAGCAGAUGACAUUUGCUAAAAAGCUGAUAUUUGAAAUGAUUUAUCAAGAGAACAGUUGUGUUCAGUUCUAAUCAUAUUUUGCUCUGAUUUCUGUGAGGUGUUUUUAAGAGUCAGAAAGUAGUCGUUCAACAUGUAUUUUUUGGAUAUAUUUCUGAAACUUGAAUUAAAAGGAUUCAUAAAAGUAUGGCUUUACUAACAGUAUCAGCUAAAAAGGCAUUGAUAGAAAAACUGUGCAUUUCUACAUUAAAUGCUCAUAUCACCAGCUUUGUUAAUAGUGAUGGUCCUCCACAGCACUCACAUUAUGCAAGAUGCUGAAUUAUUAGAUAAUCUGAUGUCAUUUGCUUCACACUCCACUGCUUACUGCAAGACUGGAACUUGUGAUGAGGACGAUUCGUGCUCAUUUACAGUGAAAUUGAUCAUGUUUUCUUACAUGACACAGCCCAUUUUUGCACAGUGUUGUGUUAGUCAGACCAUCUGUCUGAAGUCUGAGGUCUAGACUCCUUUCAAAUUCCUGUUACAAACAUUCGUCAGACUGUCUUGUGAUGAAUUUCAGCUUGUGUGCAAUAAAUUAUCCACGUUUUCCAGCCAAAAGUGACAGUAUUGGACAAAGGAGUAGUUACUCCCCCUUGUACCUCUCUACUUACUGACAGCUCACUUGUCAGUAAACUAAAGAUUCCCUUUACAGUCAGUAUUUUAGGCUUUUUUCUUUCCUUUUUUUGCCAAUGUGGGAUGUCUGGAAAUUGAGCUUUUUUGUUGAAAUCGAGUAUUACUUUUACAGGACUCCUAAGGUUUGUUACAGCUCUGCGCAAGUUGGGUCUUUAGUUUUCAUUUGUAGUUUAGUGUGCAUUUAACACCAUAACUUAAGUCUCUGAAGUUGUUUAAAUUUUUGGUUGCACCGUGCACGUUUAAGGUUAAUCUCAACUCGUAGGAGUGUCACAUCCAAACUAACCAAAGUAUUGCCACAGAAAAGAAACGACUUUUUUACUUUUAUUUUUUUUUUACACCAACCAGUAAAAAGGCUGCUUUCUUUAUGGGGUGUUAGCUUAAGUGCCAACUUUACCACCAUCAUCCACUAUGCCUUUGGUAAAACGAUGAAAGUAGGAUAACCUCCUGCCUGAUCUUGUUGUCAAAAAAUGAAAUACCCUCAUUGAAGUAGAAUUGAUGGCACAUAAUGUUGCGAUUUGGAAGAUCUAUGUGAGUGCCACCAACCUGUGGUGGACUACAGGAAAGACUUAGGCUAUGACUUUGAUUUGGCCAUGAUCAUCAAUGAGAACUGUCCCUUGUUCUACCAUGUUGAAUGGUGAAUGGUGCUAAAUACCACAUGCUGCACCUCUAGUUGAUCAUGAGAUAUUUUUUUUUAAUCCUUCAAGACUGUAAGUAAGUGGCCAACCACUAUGAGAUGAAUAUACUUUGUUAAAAACGUAUUUGUCAAAAUUCAGGCCAGAUGAAGAUGAGUGUUUGUAACAAUGGUUGUAUUUAAGUGUGUUCAGGUUUAGCCUCUAUGUUCAGAGCACAGUUCUGUCAGUCCUAUGUCUAGACCCACAUGUCAAGUCAACUACUCCAAAGAUUAAAAAGUGAGACGUGUAUUAAUGCAGAACCCCCUCGAAAAACUCUCACAUUAGAGUAAAACUUCGUUCUCAGCAAAUGUUUGAAGUGAUUGAAAUGAAUGUCACCAUGCUGUCUCGGUCUUGUCGAACGUCUUUGUUUCUUUUUGUGUUCCUUGGAGGCUUCAGCUCACUCGUGGCUGUUUCCAGGGUAACCACAUUCCCUUUCGAAAUUUACCAUGUCUGACAUUGGAUACCGUCCGUCUCCAUGGCAACAAAGCCCCCAAAGUCCCAGUUAAAUAUAAGAUUUUGUAUCCAAAGGUAAAUAAAGGUACAACUUACGAUAUGUUGAGGGUCAUUGUCCAUAUCUGCUCAUAACAGUCCAAAUACACACAAAAAAAACAUUGGUUAGAUUUUGAUAAGUGGCAGAUAAAGAUUGAUUUCUGGAACAUUCAAGGACAUCAACACGAUGACCUUAAAUCAAGCAAGAUAUUUCCUACCUGUAGCUUGUGCACACAUCUCAAAAGGUACAUGUGGGGGAGGCAGGUUUGAUAUUACAUUCACUCUCCAUGGUUUUUCUCAGUUUUGGUGUUAAAUCUCUGUCCUUUUGUUCAAUCAACUCAUCACUCUCGAUCACACAUGGCUGCCUUUUCAUUAUGUUCCUAAUGUCCGAACAUGGAGACACAGCUCUUUAAGGGAGAGACAGCAAUUUUUGUUGCUUUCUAAACCACUUAAGACACAUUUUGACAUAACUGUAUUUUCAUAUAAGAGCAGGAAAUGAGGUGAACAGCUUUUCUUCUGAUAAAUAACUUAAAGGUUAUUCGAUGUGUUAGCAAGGGUCUUGACUUUAUUAUAGAUUAUUUCAAAUCUUGGCUCUGGCUAAAUGGUUUCAGUUGAAGUUUACGUGUUCAAGGUCUGCCAAGCUUUAAACACCUGUAGUCAUUUCCCAUGAGCUCCUUUUAGUGUUGUAUUAAUUAUGUGAUGUGUGACCAGCCAGAGGACAGAUUGUAUGGGCUGAAAUAAAAUGUUGAGUUAUGAUGGUAGAAUCUGAAUCUGUCUGUGGUAACACAGCCCAUCCCCUCACCUUCCACUUGUGUAGUUUGAGUUGUAUUGUCUACAAUCAUUUCAGUCGGCUUUGGUCAUAAGAUGGAAAACAGGAAUAAGGAAGUGCUCAUAAUAAACCAUUGGUGAGGGUCAAUCAAUCAAAAAUACUGAAAUAUAUCACCCUUACCAUCCAUCUAUUAUUUUCACGUUUGGUUAGUUUAGAAUUGAUCAUGUUUUGUUCUCUAACUUGUUUUAGUGUGUCUGCAAAUGUGUUCAGUUCCACUCCAGCACCUCUCUCUACACACAGCAGUGUGUCACACCCUGCCUCCUCCUGUUUCAGUUUGCCUGUGUGUGUCUGCUUUUUUGCACAGUGUAUAAAAAUAAAAACGGCCACAAACUAGUGCUGCACAAAUGUGGUCAGACUUACUCAGACCAAUAUUGAAAUCACUGUUAUUGAACCUGAUUGUUCUGUCAUUUUUGGGAUUAAAUUCGACACACUGUAAAAAACUGCUUUUGGUUCUACAACUUUGCUUUAAAUCAAAGUUUGAAAUAAACGUAUUCACCUGAAUCUGUUGCAUCUUCUAGAGACUGCAUAUAAAUUUGAAAAGUCUAAACUAAAAUUUUACCUCAGUUUGAUGGAUUCCUUGUUUAUUGUGUGUAAUAAGCCUUGGCCUUAUGUGAUGUUUCUUGCUUUGAAUUCUGUACAUCUUAAAAGGGCCUCCACUUUUCUGGGUCAGUGGUGGUUGCAAACUCCUCACAUCUAUGAGACCCACUUCUAUAUCUCCUCCACAUUUGACAAACAAUGCAAUUAACGCAACUCUGCAGAAAUGUCAUAUAAGGGAUUGGCAAAGCUUUAGUCCAAUGUAUUCAGUAUUAUUCUGAAGCUCUCAUUACUUUCAGUCUGUCUAUGGGCGUUGGAAGAACAGGUCAUCACUGUUACCUAACUGACUUGACACUUCGUGUGUCAAGUCAUCACACUGCGCCCUUGACCCGGACAGUUUCUGUUGCUUUAAGCCAAAAAUCUCUCAGUCUCUUUCCUCUUUCCUUGCUUGUAUUCUGAGGGAGCUUUGAUCAUUAUUAUUCUAUUGUAGGGAGGCCAAGAUAGUGAUCAUGAUAAUUAUUUGAUUAAUUGUGUUGCUCUGAUACAAACACUGAAUCAGGUGGUUUCCAGGUCACCUAAAGUAAAUGUUGGUCAACUGAAACUAGACCUACUAAUCAAUUACUUAUCUAAUCUAAUCCCAUCUAAUCUAAUUGAUGGUCCUUGGUUAAAAAAAGAUGCACUCCCUGUAGAUGACAGUGUAGUGAGUGCAUUCAAGCUGGUAGUUUAAUGAACUGCAAAUGAAAUGUAACACGCAGCAAAGUAAAUUAUUUUUAACCUCAUUCAUGUUUAAAUAUUGUCUUUUAUAUUGUGUUGAUACUCAAGGUUCACAGACUCUUCAGGGUAAAAUAGACAAACCAACAGACUACAGAUGACCUGACACAACUGAUAAAAGACUAAAAGUCAUGCUUUCAUUUUUUAAAGAUGAUAUUCUUUGUUAGUUUAUGAGCUGUGAAUCAAAUUGCUGUGAGCAAGGUAGGCACUCAACAGUUUUUUCAUUAUUUUUCAGAGACUGUUGCUAGACCUCUACUUUUUUUGUCAUGGUUUCAACUAAUGGCAGGAGAAAUAAUGUGUAGAGUGAGGGACAACUGUUUCAGUUUUCUGCAUAGUUAAUAGGGGUGGGAGAAAAAAAUCAAUAUAGCAUAGUAUCGCCGUAUUUUGUCUGGCGAUGGAUCGUACCGUCUCAUUUACCAAGUUUCGAUUUUUCAAAUUAAUUGGUAAUAUGAAGUGUAAUAUGAAGAUGUGCUACAUGAAAAUAAAAUAUAGCGUAAAUAAAACAAACAUAAAGGAAAGCCAAAAACUAAAUUAGCUUAACAGUUUUAAAAAAUGUAUAAAUUGCAAUAUAUUGUAUCGCAAUACUCACUGUAUUGCAAAAUGUUAAAAAUCACAAUAAUAUUGUAUAGUGGCCCAAGUAUCAUAAUAUCGUAUCGUGGGGCCACUGGCGAUUCCCACCUCUAAUAAUCAAAUCAAAAGUUCUUAAAAAUCAAAGACAUCAAGUCUCCCUCCCAUUCCUGUAAAUGAUUUUCUGUGGAAGCAACCUGAGCGGUUGACUGACCAAUGAAAUUCUGGAUCAGGUGAGAGCUCAUCAACUAACUUAUUGACAAUUUAACUGGAGGGUGUUCACCCAAAGGGGUUUCACAUCAAAAAACAGCGGCACUCAGUUGCUUCCUUGCAGACAGGAACUGCAAGCUAAGCUUUCUUCCAGGAGCUCACCUAAAUUGUGGUCACAGGGUGUCCAGUUAGAGGUUUCUAGCCAAGCUGCCACUUGAGUCUCUCAGAUUGAGCUCACUCUAUAUUUUUCUCCAUUGAUUGAUUCAUGAAUAGCAGCUAAGGUUGUUAAUCUGUAUCACCCAGUUUUUCCCCCUACCCCCUGUGAGAUUGUUUUAUUGCCUUGCCCUUGAUUCAGAUGAGCCUCCUUAUUUUGGAGAUUUUUCACCAUCAUAUCACAAAGUAAUGUAUUUUUAAUGGUGCUCUGCUGUUCUUCACUUUGUGAAAGCUGCAGCAAAGAAACCUCAGAAUGGAUUCAAGUAUUUUUUUAAGUAAGGGAGAAAAUCCUACAGGCUCUAACGACGGUAUCUGUCUUUUAACUAAUAGGUAACAGCAGACUUGGUUGUGUCUGCCAUGUGAUAAUGGUGUUGUUUUUUUCAUGCACUCAACUCUCUAGACAGAAAACAAAGAACCGAGCUUUUUCUUCCUGUGUGACCAGAGUCGUCUCUGUUUUUACUUUUUGCACUUAUCAAAGCGUCAUUUACUCAGCACAGACUAAUUGGUCAGAAUCUGCUGCAAUCCUAUAGUUGUUUGUUUUUUCCAUGCCAGCCAAAGCGCAUGCUUUCUUCCUGAAAACAUGUAUUUAUUUAUUUUUUUUUUAAAUUGAUGAGCUGAAAGAUAUAAUCCACUUUGACACCUAUUUUGAUAAGCUCUUUGCAUAGUGUACGUUUGACACAAAACACAUCUUCAAUCAUACUUUGUGUGAUACAGUUUAUAAAUGAAACCUUUUUUUGUUUUGUUUGUGGAGUACAUAAAGGUUUACGUUGUAAGAAUGUUGCAAAAAAAAGUGAUUUUAUGAGAUAGAAAAAGUAGCUUUUAGCUUUAUUAUUAUAUUGAAUGUGCGAUAUGCAGGGGGGUUUACAAUUUGGGACCAAAAGCAGUCAAAUAAGUACGUGCGACUGUUAAAGCACACAGUGUUUGCAGUCAAUGUAUUUAGAAGGAAGGGGGAAACAGAGCUGCUUUAUAUUCAAACAAUAAGCAGCAGAUUUGAAAGAUAAAAUGCAGCAAGAUGGUCUGCUGCACUGACUUAACUGGGGCUGAGAAUCUGCCCUGUGCUAGAUUACUAUCAUGAAACAGUGCUGGAGGAUUUGUCUUCUUCUACCCAUUUUUUAAGACUAGAGGGCUCAGGAAGAACCACAAAGAAGUGAAAAAUUGAAUUGUACGUGUUGUGUGUAAUUCACGACAACACAGUCAGAGUCCAGUACAACGACCUCUGGCACUCCAGGCAAGUUUUUAACAGGAGAAAUGUUUGUGCGGCGCAGUGUUGUCCUGCCUGCAGCCCCAUGCUGAUGUCCCAGACAUCCCAGUGUUUUUCUGCUUGGUGCACUCUCACUCCAGAUGUAGAGGAGCAGAAGGACUAGCCGGUGUCCACUCAGGUUUGAGUUGUAGACAGUAUGUUUUUCACAGAUUUAACACUCUUUGAAACCCCAUGUGCUGAGCACAGAAUUGGCUGAAUAACAUACAGCUUCUAUACUUUUUAUUUUUUGGCUGGGAUGUCUUGUUGGCUGACCUUUUCAGAGGGCCUCAUCAGAGCAUUCAUCCCCGGCAGUUCAGCUGAAAACAGGAAAUGUAUGCAGAUGAUGCUAGAAUCCCAAUUAGCAGAGCUCAGCAGAUCUAAUGGUCCAGGUCUGUAUUUACAUCCUCCCUGGAACCCAACAUGGUCAGCCUAAAUAUAGUUUGGCUGGGUUUUCCAGAAUAACUGUUGUUGGCAUGGCUCUGCGGAUGUAACCGCCCUCCCAAGGUGCUACCAUCUGAAGGCUGGUUAUACAGUGUGAUAGGGAGACUAUAGAGGUUAUAGGACUUUGAUAGAUCUGAUGAAGACCUUUACAGAGGUCAUUUGUUGAAGAGGGCAAUGCAGUUUGACAUGAUUUUGUAGCAUUCAUGUUGCCCUUUACAUCUUGCUUAGUUUCUAGGGGUGGGAGAAAAAAAUCGAUACAGCAUUGUGUCGUGAUAUUUUGUCUGGUGAUAUAUCGUAUCGCCUCAUUUAACAAGUAUUCAUUUUUUUCAAAUUAAAGGUCCUUACACACCGCGGCUGACGCGAAUAUACAACGCGAAAUUACGAAAUAUUCGGAGUAGAAUUUUGACGCGCCUGACUAUACACAUUAAGCCUGAUGUGAUUUUGCGACUUUCCGGGGGGAAAAAGACACGUCCCGGGUAGAAGCGUGAAGACUGACACAACAGCAGACUGAGUGUUUUCAGUUCUGAUUAGACACUAGUGUUCAGAUGGCUGUCUGUAGCAUGUAGCAUUCUAUUCUGCUGGACUACAGAUAGCAUUUACUGAGUUGGGGCCAGUACCAGAUAAGCACAUUAAACUAAAAUCCAUAAACGUAAGGUAACAACCGAGACCUAAUGAUGCUGUGACAGCAACGCGAUUGAGUUUGAGACAGUGAAAAUACAUAUGGUAUGUUGUAUCUGAACAGGUUAGCUUACAAGCUAAAGUUUCUCAGCACAGAUGAAAGUUAAAACAACGAAGUUUAGCAAACUGUUAAAGCACAAAAACUAUCGUCAUAUGAGAGAUCUGACGCUAUGACUCUCCACAAGUUGUCCCUCAGGUCGUUAUCUUUAUCAUGUUUGUGUCUUUCAUCAAAAAGCUCUCAAUUAGCCGGUCGGCCAUGUUGGAUAUACCAAUGAAUCAGACAUCGCAACAACACGCAAUCUGAUUGGUCAGAAGUGGACACACAGUAUGCAAAACUUUAAAAAAUCGACCAUGAUCCGCAAAAAUAAAUGCCGCAAUAUCGCAGGACGGGAAAACGUCGCUGAUGUGAAAGCUUGUAUUGACAGGAUAUGGGUUCGAAAAAAAAUAUUGACGUCCGAAAUAAUCACACGAAUAAAAUGGUCCCGGUGUGAAAGGACCUUAAUUGUUAAAAUUAAGUCAAAUCUGUGAUAACGGAAAAUUAAAGUCAACUUUUUGUCCAGUAAGGGUGUAUCUAUGGCAUCAUAGAGCAGGAGAAAGUUAGUGCAACAAAUAUGUAAAAAGUUUGCAAGAUGUGCCACAUGAAAAUGAAAUACAGCAUAAGUGAGGCAAACAUAAAGUAAAGGCAAAUGCUAAAUUAGCUAAACAGUUGUAAAAAACUAUAUAAAUCGCAAUUUAUUGUAUUGCAAUACUCACUGUAUUGCAAAAUUUAAAAAAUCGCAAUAAUAUCGUAUUGUGGCUCAAGUAUCGUGAUAAUAUCGUAUUGUGGGGCCACUAGUGAUUCCCACCCCCAUUAGUUUCCCCAUCUGGCAACUGAUUUUGACUAUUCUGUGAUCAUUAAAAAGAUUACAUUUCUUCAGUAUUUACCAGUAAAUAUUUGAGAUAUGAACAGUUUUACGAAGCUCCCUUGUCAUAUGAUGUAAAUUUGCUUAUUUAUACAUAAUAUUUGCAUUUUAAGAUAUUUGCACCAGUUAAACCUUUUAGUUACACUAACAAUAAACUUCAGCAUUUUAUCUGGAAUGGUUUUCAGCGUAGUCCUUGUUAUACAGAGAUACCUCCAAAUUCCCUGGAUGUUUGAAGGGUAUUGUGCACUGUUGGUUAAUGAAAUCCCUAAAUUCUUUGCAUUUUUUGCUGAGAAUCAUUGUUCUGACUUUUUCAGCUAUUUUCCUUGCAGUCUCUCACAGAAAGGUGAAAUUGCACCAGAAGCAAAGAUACAGAGAGUUUUCGGGAUGUGUCAGUGGUUCAGUAGUUUAAACUAACACUUGAAUUGCUCUUUCUAGAAACAUCUGUAUUCACGUUGAACUACCAGUAAUAGAGCUCAGCACAGGUAGCAUUUACAGAUGGACCAUGUGAGCACAUGAGCUUCAGCUUUAUACUUUUCCUUUGUUGCUACUAAUUGAAGAAUCUUUUCAGCAUGUUACAGGAAUGAAACAAAGAAUAAACCACUGUUUGUUUUUUUAAUGAAUGAUGAUUAUAUUCUAGUUAGGAAGGAAAGCUGUUAUCAAAUAAUGCUGCUACUUUAUUCUUCCUCACUUUCCAACAUGCUUUGGUAAAAAGUGGUCACUUUCUUGUUUGAGCACCAACUGUUGGGUGAUACACCAAAACGCCCUUGAGAUACCUCUCUCUAGUUUUUUUUAUACUGGUUUAUUGGUUACACUGAUAUGUAUUCAGCAUAUUGUAUUGUAUACUGAAUUUUAUAGUAAUCUGUUGGAAAAUGCUCCAUUUUUGUUCAUUAGUUUUCUUGUUUAUGAUGGUUGUGUUUUUUUUAUUAGUUGUUGUUGUCCCUUUUGUAAAAAGUGUCACUGGCAUCAACUCUGAAAUCGGCAUAAUGUGCUUUUUCAUAACAACAUGAUAUUUGGUUACUAUCUGGUACACUGUCUCUGCACUAGUUCAAUUAAACAAAAGCUUUUUAAUUGACCAUCAGAUGAUAAAAUCAUGCUUUGAUUAAUAUUUACGCAGUAUCCUAACUAUUUUGGAAUACACGUUGUAAAGUAUUCAACUUAUUUAUAAUAAUGGCUCCAAAAUAUGAUGUUAGAAAAGUAACUUGGCAAAAGUUGUUGAGCCAGAUUGAUAGUUAGUGAACCAAAAUGGACCAGCAUUUACUUUUAGAUGAGCAGAUGACAACAGCCCUUCCAUGAACAUUGAUUUUAUUGUGAACCUUGAUUGAUACUCCCAGACGGUAUCUUACAAAACACUCGGUCACCUCAUGGGUGUCCAGUUUGACUUGUCUGAACUAGCACCUCUGUGUUGACACCUUACCCAGUCCACUUGCCUGUGCCUCUCUUUUCAACUAAAUGUGAUCACUGUAACAACAGCCUACACUCUUAAAUGUUUAAUUGGAUUAUGGCAGUUUGUCUCAUUAGAGCUGAUUACUUCACACACCUUAUGUGCUUGUCUGUUUGUCAAUGAGCUGUAUCCAGUUAAUGUCAUUAAGCAACAGGUUACAAGUUAUAACAGUAUUUAGACAGUAAUGCUUGUUCCUAACAUCAGUACAAUCUAGUUUAGUGUUUUUUGUGUACGGAUGUUAAUUUCAGAACAAGCAGGUUUAUUUGAGAAAGGAAAGCUCCUGCCCCUCGGGCAAUAUGCUGAUAUUUUUUGAGUCUGGCUGUUUGAACUUUCAGGUGUCGACCUCUAAGCUAACAUGAAACUGUUAGAGCAGAAUCAUACGUCUCCUGUUCACUAUUUGCUUAUUUUACUGUCCUCCUUAUCUCUUCUCGCCCCACCAGUUGUCCAUUCCUGGCACUACGGUUGACACCAGUCAUCCCAGUCAUAGGAGGAGUGCUGUUUGUGUUUGUUUUGGGGACCCUCCUCAGAACCAGUUUCAGUGAUCCGGGGGUUCUGCCCAGGGCCACACCAGAUGAAGCAGCCGACCUGGAGAGGCAAAUAGGUAAGACUAUGAGACAAUUGUUCAGCCUAGAAAAAAAAAGGCAUAAAAACCCCACACUGAGGCACCAGCUCAGCCAACUGACCACCUCCUCUUUCGACAGAUUAUUGUAGGCUAGUCAUUCUUUUUGUGUGUGUGUGGUGACAUCUUGCAUAGCCUUUAGUCUGAAUGAGAAUCUCUAUAUCUAACUCGCUGACUGUCACAACCAACAAUCAUUGAAUUAAUACUUAAGUUAUGAUACAUGAUUUUCUCAUCUGCAUCACAUGCUUUUAUUGAACUUAAAUAGUUCUAACACUUAAAUGUUCUGAACUUUUUGAAAACAAAAAAUUAGCUCUGCUUCUCGGUGAAAAUGCAGCUUGUGAGACCACACAUGGAUGUGUUGGAAUUCCAGUGUUAUUCUGGCACUUGUUAGCUCACACACACAUUCACCUGCUCUCUUGGUCCACGUCUUGCUCUCCUGUUUAUAUUUGUAUAUGCUUUCUAGUUUGUUCUGCUGUAGCACAACAUGAUGAAGUCACAUGAGUCCAAAACGGACACGUUUUUCAGCCUUCACAGCAUCAUCACUCUCCCAAACUUUGUUGUGCAUCAAUCUGAGUUCCUGGUGACGCAGCACAUGCUAAGCUGUGAAGGAUGAAAGGGAGGGCACAGUCCACUCAGUGUAUCAAACAUAACAAGUGCAACACAGUAGGCACAGUAGUACUUCAGUCUUGGCUAUCUUGUUGUUAUGACCCUGAUAAACUAACUGGAGUUGAAGUUGGAUUGACUUCCAGGCCAUAUUUUAAAAGAUAAGAAAAAAAACAGAAAACAGUCAAAAUCAAUAAUUAACUAUUUGACACAGCUAAACACGUGAUCACAGGGUCUUACAAAUGGGUUUACAGAGUGUGGUUAAUGACAGCAGAAGUUUGCACCACCAGCCUUCAGGUUAACAUACACAAACACGCACUUGUCAUGCAUUACUCUUGUCAAAUGGUCACUUUAACAGCACACACCCAACUUUAUUUUUUUUAAUUUUCCAGAUCAAAAUACUGACAAACUGCACCACACUAUAAACGCCGUCUGUCAUUUGACUGUAAUUGUUGACAUCCAUAGUGGGCAGCUGUUAAAACCUAGACAGUAGACACAACAUAUGACCAGCAUUUCAGGCCGACAGCUAUAAAGAUACUAAUAGAUCGUUAAACACUCCUGUGAUGCUGGUACUGAUGCCUGCAAUUAGGGCUGGGCGAUUUGAAAAAGACUUUAUCACUAUAUUUUUUCAUAUCAGUCAAUAUCCAUACAUAUAAUGAUAUUAAAAAAAUGAUGUCAAUCUUAAAAGUUCCCUGUUACUCAUACAGUAAAUGAAAUUUAAGAGCGCUUAUAGGUAGCAUGUCUUACAAUACAAUAAGCUACUGCAUCUGUGAGGUCUUUGAGUCUCUUCUACGUUUUGUCGUAAGGCGUUGUGCUAGAGAAAGCGGACUGAACUGUCAGUUCAGUGUGACGUGGACUUGGAGCAACUCUUCUUUUUAUUGGCUAUUUGUAUGGUCUACCAAAACAUGGCAGAAUGCCAGCUCUCGAAAAACAUAUUGACCAUGUUUCAUAUCGGUAUUGAGGGAAAUUAACUUUUGAUAUAUAUCAUUAUCGUUUUAUCGCCCAGCCCUACCUGCAAUGGUGAAGCGUUGGGUCAAUUAAAUGCAAAAAUAGUAUAACCGUUAAGCUUUAAUCCAAAGCUGGGAGACUGCCUUUGGAGUUUCUGUAUACUUUACUGAUUUGAAUGACAGUGACACAAUUUACUCCACUGACAGAUCAUUGGAAGAAGGCACGUUCUGUUGCUGUAUGCGGAGCCAGGAGGUUUUUUAACUAGAAUGUCGUUGGGCACACCCCCACAGUCCUCAGAAAUGAUCCAAACAGUAAAGUGGACCACCCGUGUUUUUUCUGUGGUUGCGAAUUAUAACUUUGAUUCAGAUUCUCUGGGUGUUAAAUGAGACUCUCCACAUUUACACACCUUUUAGACUUUGAGCCAUAUUUUCAGAGGCCUGAGGAGGGAGGACAUUAGGAUAUGAUUUAAGCUCGUAUCACAGAGCCCUACUGUUUAAUUCACUCCAGCUUCUAGAGAGGCCAGCAUCUGGUGUAUUACCUGCUCAUAAAUUAAAUCCGGAUAACUUCUGAAUUGAAUUUGUGAUGUGAACGGUAAAACUGUUGGUGCAUUAGGGAAUGACUUGAUAUGGUUUAACUGAAUUACCUACAUCACAACACUGAUGGUAGCUUUCCAGGAGUCAAUUACAGCUGAGGACACAGUUUGUGAUGUGAAUUUAGUCUGCAUUUGAGGCACAUGGUUAGCUCAUUGUUUCAAAUACAUCCCCUCAUGUUGAUGAUUAGUGCUAAAUAAAUGCAUUAAUGUGAAAACACAGCUUUGGGAUGUCGCUGCAGAUUGAUUUGCAGUGAUUUAAGAAAAAGUCUUGGCAAGCACAAACAGCCAUCUGCUUCGUUUUUUUGUUUUUUCUCAAAACCACUCCAUAUCUGAGAUUUCUGAUAAAAACAGACAUGAUACAUUGAAUGGUCACUAAAGAUUACAAGUAUCUAACAUUAGUUAGAUAGUAACAAAAGUUGGGUUUGAUUACCUUGUCAAAAAUUAUUUAACAUAAUAGAAGCUGCUCAAGGUGUUUGAGUCGACUCAGAGGCUUUGUGUCAGCUACAUGAGGUCUCCAUUAGAAGAGGAAGGUAGACAUUCAGGAGCCAUUUAGACUCAAAUUUACACUGGUAUUCAUUAAGCUACUCUCCAAUUAGAUGCAGGACUGAAUUGCCACUCUCUAAAAGUGUCACACAUCCCUGUAGCUAAAUGGAUUAUCAUCACUUUACUCAAUGGUUUAACUUUUUAAAACCCUCUUUACAAACACCCCCCGUUUAAAGUUUUUGUCCUCAUAUGUGAAGCCUCUAUUUUCCAGAGACAGUCCUUUCCAUGCUUCAGGCCACUGGGGCCUCAUUAAACAAACUCCAGACUGGCUUAAUUAAUCUCAUUAGGAGACUUAAAAGCUUUUGGAUGGAAGGUAAAGUACAGAGAGCUCGGAGCACUGGGCUGAAACAACACGGUGCAAGAGCAGCAGCAUGUCAUAUUGGUGAGCAUUUUUUCAGAGGAUAAACAAAUUAAAGGCUGAAAGUAUGAACAAUGUUGACCCAAAUACCAAACUGCCCCCCUCUCGACUAUUAUAUCAUCUUAACUAGCUUUUGCGCUGUGCAUUAUGCUUGGAAAAUGCACAGCAAGACGGUUCUGAACUGUAACACUGCAUCACAGACGAAUGAUCGGAGCUUCAUCUGGUUUGGCACAGGUGGUGUAGUAAAAGGCAGGAUGAGGGUCUAUAUGAAGGAGUAUUUGAACAGUUUUCCUGUCACUUGUAUCGGUUGUAACUGCUAGCUAAACCGCAGACAUGUGAAUUUGCACAGACUUGCACAAUUUGACAAAGACUCCCAAUUUAAAAAACCUCAUAUGUAAUAGCAGUGAUGUAAGUGAAAUGUAAAAAUGCGUUUCCUUCUUGGACUUGCUGAUUUCUGCUCUGCCCUCUUUUCUGUUUUCUCUUCCUUUCUGUCAGUUUCUAUCCAUCUUUGCUUGCGUAGUGUCUCUGCUUCCACCUCCUACUGCUCUGUCUUUCUUUGCAAACACUCUCCAUCCUCCUCAUUUUUCUGCUUCUUUUCUGCAGACCUGUGUAGUGCAGCACUCUUCGGUUCUGACCAUGGCGUGGCAACUUGUCAUGCAAGUCUUUAGUAGCACAUCUGUUAGCGUUUAGCCUGUUCUCCCAUCUCAAACCCGAGCCCCAACACCAACCAGCCUAACAAUGUGUUGUACUCUCUUUCACCCUCAUUUAUCACUGAUCUAAAUCAGUGUAAAUAUAAAAUACCGUUUUGAGUUGCAGAAAUGGUCAACAUCUGCCUCCUCUGCUUACUAACAUUUAAUUCAUCUUGUUCGUUUGUGCCCUCUUCCCCUUUAAACUGCUCCUUAUUUCUCUGACUUCUCUCCACCCUCUCAUCGAAACUCAUUCCCAGUCAUAUCCUUCUUGUCUGACUAAGACAGCUCUUGUCCAUUUUUAUUCACAACUUCUUUUCAAGGAAUUUAUCAUUAUGUAACGGCACAGACUGAUGAGAGGAAAGCAACUCUCAGGCUUAGGAAGCAAGGCUAACAUUUUCACAUGUCAGUAGAGCCAUAAUGCAUUGAGUCUUCACUACUUCAGGCUUUUUAUUCAAGAUCUUUUAUUUAAUGUCCUGCCCUUGUUCGCCCCAUUACUUAACCAUUGUUUCUAGUAGAAAUAUAAUUAUAUAGAAUGUAUAUCCAUCAGGGGUGGGAGAAAAAAUCGAUACAGCAUAGUAUCCCAAUUAUUUUGUCUGGUGAUAUACCGUAUCGUCUCAUUUACCAAGUAUUGAUUUUUUUUCAAAUUAAUUGUUAAUAUGAAGUCAAAUCUAUGAAAAAUAAAGUCAACUGUUUGUCCAGUGAGGUUGACAGAGGUGACAUCAUAGAGCAGGAGAAAGUUAGUGCAACAAAUAUAGCAGCACCUGGGGAAAGACAUUAGGAAUGCAAGCAGGAGACAAAUGAGAUGGACCUGACACGAGGUUUGCAAGAUGUGCUAUAUGAAAAUAAAAUACUGUGUAAGUAAGACAUAAAGGAAGACAAAUGCUGAAUUAGCUAUACAGUUGAAAAAAUUGUAUAGAUCGCAAUAUAUUGUAUUGCAGUACUCACUGUAGGGCUGGACAGUAUGGGAAAAAAUUUAUCACAAUAUAUUUUUUUAAUAUCAGUCGAUAUCGAUAUAUAUCACGAUAUGAAAAAAUCACAUGCCAAUCUGAAAUGUCCCUAUUACUCUUUGUGGUCUUUGUGUGUCUUUGACAUUUUGUUGUAAGGCGUUGCGCUAGAGAGAGCAGACUGAAUGGUCGGCUGUUUCGGCUGCACAGGCACCAUAGGCUCCUUGCUCCGCUCGAGGUUUGUAACCUUUUGCAUUGUGCAUGCUCUGCCGCGUGGCACUGCUUCAGGUGGUGAAAAAGAUUUGAGGUAUUACCCGACUUUGCAGAGCAUGUACUCGACAUAAUUUGAGGUGCACGUUAUUCUGCUUCAUGUCCAAUUUAAAAAAAACAAAAUACCCCCACACCAUCGAUAUUGUCAUGCCAGUUUUGUUGACGAUUUCAUCAUCUGUUGAGCCUUCAUUUGCAUCUCUGCCAAGGGUAACACUCAUUUUCUUUUUCUCUCACUGACAGUGCUGUGGGCUUCACAUGUUACAGUGCUAUGGUUGCGUGUAGCUGCAGCCUGUUACCACGCAGUUGUUUGCCACUUGGUUCGAAUUCAGCACAUGAUUGGUUCAAUGCAAAGCGGAACAUCUCCCCUUUUCAUUGGCUGUUUGUUUAGUCUACCAAAACAUGGCAGAAGACUGACUAUUGAAAAGCAUCUUGACCAUGUUAUAUAUUGAUAUCAAGGGAAAUUAAUUUUGGAUAUAUAUCGUUGUCGUUUUAUCGCCUAGCCCUAACUCACUGUAUUGCAAAAUGUAAAAAAUCGCAAUAAUAUCGUAUCCUGGCCCAAGUAUUGUAAUGUCGUAUCGUGGGGGCACUGGUGAUUCCCACCCCUAAUAUCUAUCAUUUAUUUUGUAGGGUAAACAUUACCUCUUUAUUACUCUUCAAUUUUGUGGAUUCAUGUGUGUGCAUGCAACCGUUUUGACGAAAACAUCACUGACUCCAGACAGCCUCCAGCAGCUUGGGCACUUCUCUAUUCUCCACCACCUCAUAAAUAAGUAAUGAUGUUUUGAAGUUAGAGUGUGACAAGAGUCAAGUUGGACACCACUUUCUAUUGAUCUGUUGACUAAACAAUUGAGAAGCUAGUGUCUGCACAAUGUGAGACAUCAAGGUCUCUCAUGUUCCCUGUACUUCAGCAGAGACAGCUGAUAGGAAGGCCUGUGCUGUCAUCAGACAGGACAGAUAUCCCGGCUCUCUGCGAAAUGUGCAUGAAAGGGUAUUGGAGUGAGUGACCUGAAGUAAAUCCUUCACCAGAAAGACUUAAAUAUGGCUUGUUUGCAGAGGUAACAAUAUAUGUUGAAGUGUGUGGUGGAUGAUUGUCCACCUUGUCACUUGCACAGUGAAGUUGAAGAGCAGCAGAAGAACCUAAGGGGUCAGGAGAGGGUAGCACAAGGUGUUGUUUUUCUCUACUUGAAAAAGAAGACGAGAGUUGAUUUCUCUUCAGCGUGAUUUGUUUGAUGUCUAUCAUGUCUGCCUGCCUGCCCAAUAUGUCAGGACUAGACAGGCUGGCAUCACUUGAGCCACCACGUGCCAAAUCUGAAAGACUCUCUGAAGCAUUAAUCAGAGUGAGAGAUGGCCAGAGCUGCCUGUUACCCUGUUUCCUUCCUUCCACCUAAUAUGGUGCAAGCUGGUGAAUGUCAGAGCAGCUGCAUUUCUUUACCAAAGCUGCCAGCCAGACUCAAGGCCAGCAGAGAGAUAGAUUUUGAAAGGCUUAGAGCUCGUGCUGCCGGAGGAAAGAUGUGCACAUCAGGAAGGAGAUGCAGUGACAUUUUAGGCCUUUCAUGACUGCAUAUGGCUGUUUGAAGGUGGGGACUGCAGGGUACAAGUACAUCUUACAUCUCUUUUUUAUGAUUAAGGAUGGAUGUUGAGUCCCCAAGUAAAGUAUAUUUGAAUUGAUGCAUGUGUGUAGCAGUAAGGCAAAGCAUGAGUCCAUGCAGUUUGUUUUUAUGGGCAUGUAUGUCUUUGCUCACUGGGUAACUACAGUCAGCCUUAAAUGUUAGAUUGAUGUUUUUUUUCCUUCAGGCCAGGAGGUGUUUUUGAUUUUAGCCUUGUGCCUUGACUCUUCUCACUCUGCCAAAGAGUAAACUGUCAGAACAAACAGAGAGUUGCGUAAGAGUGCUGCCUAUACAAAGCCUGAGCCUCGCUGUAUGGACUCAAGCUGGACACUCAGCGCUGACGAAAUUGAGUCGUUGAACCAGUGAUGGAUCUUUUAUGAAGCAGAAAUCGAAGUGAAAGUGUGAAGUCUUUUACACAGUGUGAUAAAUAUAAAAUCCUUUUUUGUAGACAAAUCUGCAUCUUGGUUCUCCUCUCUGUUGCCACUCAUUGUCAUUUCAAAUACAAGUGCAAUUCAACAAAAUUAAAAAGUAUGAAAAAGUUCCUUAUUUUCCAUCAACUAUGAGAAAGUCAUCCAUGGUGAAAAAGCCCCAACAUAGUACUGAGUUUAUAAUGAGCCUAUUUUUCAGAACAAGUCUGUUCUUAUAAUCCUCCUUUGUUGAGCUGAGGAAAUAUUCUAAUGAAACAGAGAUACUAAUUUUCAUGAGCUUAAAGCCUUAAUCAUCAAAAUUAAAAUAGAGGAGGCUUUAAAUAUUUCAUUUAAUUGAUAAGGAAAAAAACAAGUUUUAUUUUUUAAAAAGAUAAAACAAAAAAAAAAAGUUUUUUUUACUUAUUAAAAUUUGCCCUAACCCAGUGAGCUGAUACUGCAGUCAAGUGCCACUUCAGUGGAGGCUUGCCCACUUAAGUGACUUUUUAACAAAUGUUUUAGGCUAUAUAUGAGGCUGUAUGUCUCAAAGGUAAAGAUUGACAGAGGUUCCCCACUCAUCCACUCUCUGUCUCUGUAUCAGUAAAACACUGCAUGCUUGUUUGAUUUUGGCAUCAUGCCCCUUGCAAAAGGUAGUGUUAAAUGCCUUUAAUCAUUGUAAAAGAAGGAAGAAUGAUAGAUAGUGCAGUUCACAGGGCUGAGUUGACUCUGGCCUCCAGUUCUAAAAAUUAAAAAAGUGAAAUAAAUCCGCCUGAAUGCUCCACUGACUCUUCAGAUGUGUUCCUCAGAUACCCUCACAGUGACCUGGUCUAUCAGCAGCAGUCUGUUUACCUCACGCUCAAGCCUUUUUUGGCCUGUCUGUCUGCAUGUUCCUUUGCAGUGAAGAAUGAAUUGAUACCCUUUUACAUGACAUUACAAUGACAGCCCUGUCACAAUUCAUGCUGAUGCUCAAAAAGCUUUGGUGACUCUCUCUGUGUUCCCAAACACCCCUGGGUUACAUUCCUGUUAGGCUCCAUUGUUACUGGCUGGAUAUUAAGUAAUAAAUGUGCAGCCAGUGGAAAGAGGCUCCGUUACUCAGCCACUUGACAUCUCAACUUCUGCAUUUGGCAAGUACUUGUACAUGGACGACAGCCUAUCAAGUCUCGUUAUGUCUGACAAAGGGAACACGAGGGAGAGCGUAACACAAUAAAGACAGAACCAGCAAGAAAGCAGUUACCAGAUCGGAUGAAAGGAAGUGGAUUUAGCACAUUCAUAGCUCUUGUCCAGGCUGAUUCCAGGAGGUCGUUUUGGCCAAUAAGAGGGUCUGGAGAAUCUGAUGUUAGUUUUUCUCAUCAUGUGAAAGAUGUACCGGUACAUGUGGAAUGGUGAGGUAGAGUUAACCUUCUGUCAAGUCGAGUGUUGAUAAAGUUUACAGAGGUGUAACAGGGACCAAAAUAACAUCAGCGUUUCAGACGUGCACGAAGUUCCUCAAAAUUUCCCAAAUAACUUGGGUGAGCUCUUUUUAUGAACAGAAACAGCCAAGUUUUUCACCCGGACUUCACCUGGAAUAUUUCCUGCUGUGAGCUCAUGUAAGACCGCAGAAGACAAUAUAGAGGCGGAGGGUGUGGACGGGCGGGGGUGUUAAUUUUUCUCACCGAGCUAGUGUUCUGGUUUUGUUUCUUGGAUGAAAACUAUUGUUGUAGCGCCAAUCGAUAAGAGUCGGUUUGCAUUAUUUUUCAGGUCACAAACAGCCACGUUUGCUGUAAGAAUAGGCAGCAGGUUUUUUGGAUCCUAAAAUGAAACUUUUAUACUAGACUGUAAGAGAGGUGUUUAACAGUAGACCAAAAUCCAGGUCCAAUAAUGUGCUGAGUACAGAAUCACUUGAUAUCACUCCACUUCUCUUUCUAUUUGCAUUGUCACAGAUAUAAUCAAAUAAACUAAUAUCCUACACCACAAACUGGUACUGCAUACACUCGUAUGCUUGUACAUAGCUGAUUUAUUCAACACUCUGUGCUUUGUAAAUAGCUUUAUUUCUAAUAUUCUGCACUUUUUACUAACUGUUGCGGUUUCUUAUUUAUUCUUAUUCAUUCCUAUUUCUCUUCUCCUUCCGUUGAUAUUUGUUUUUUCAAGAAGAGCAAGUGUAAUGCUGUUACAACUAAAUUUCCUCCCCCGGGGAUAAAUAAAGUUUCCUGUUUCUGAUUCAAAUCCAGCGAAGUGUUUUGAUCCUGUAUUACACCAUCCAUCAUUGAGAUUUGCAGACAACCUCACCUGUAUAGAUUGUUGUCCUUUAUCAAAUAAUACUCCCAUGGAUGUCAAACUCAAUACAUGUGCAGAGCAGCAUAAUAGCGCAUCUCAUUUUGAACCUAGAAGAGCAGCACGUAACAGGAGGAAAAUUGUGUAAAGAUGGUGAGAUGGACUUCUACUCCUCGACUACCACGCCAAUAUCUUCAUUUCACUUUUCUCUUGAUUCUCUGGAAAUGUUUGAAGACUCUCACCAGCACAUGAAAUGGAUUCAGAAAGUAAGCAGUGCUUGUUAAAAGAAGGAAGUGAAACUAAAAAAAACUUCAUACAGUUUCAGAGCAAGGUACUUUCAUGUCUCCCCCCCAAAAAUGCAGGACAAAGUGUGAUUUUUAUUAUGCAGCAACUCUUUAUUCUCCCUGCUUUGUCUAACACAAGCUGUGUUAAAACAACCACUGCGCACAGACACACUGUUCACCAAUGUUUCAUCACCAAAAGAUGCAUCCAGCAACUUGCAGAAAAGAUCAAAAUCGAAACCACCUUUUCCUUAACAUUUCCUUUUAGUCCACGAUUAAAUACUUUUGUGUUUGAGCUCUACACUUCCCCAAACACCACACGCUUUCCUAAGAUAUAGUAAAAUAAAAUUAGUGAAGAGAUGUUUUCAUAUGCCAGUACAGUGAAGAGAUUUAUAACCAAAAGCAAGGAAAAUUGUCAGUCUUCCAAAUUCUCUUUUUUGAUGCUGCUUUGUCAACACAGGUAUCAUUAUCUUCUGAUUUCUAAGCGUAUCAGAAAGUGAAACAUUCUGGUACCAUAAAUGACAACCCUGUGUUCUUGUAGGCUGUGAUUUACGAUUAAAAAUGAACUAUUUUGACUCAUUUACUCAGAAAAUUGUUGUCUCAGCUCUAUUGUUGCUUUUUCAGACUUUGGCAAGAUGUGUCAUAUCGUAGCCCAUUUAUUGUGAUAUUUAUUGUAGGAUGAUGUUCUUGAUAGUGUAGAGCCCUUAUUGUAUUAACAAAGCAUAUUAAUAGAGCUCAUGUUGAGAGGGAUUUUAUUCUUGGGUUCCUCAUCACUCUAUUUUAAGCCUCUAACUUUUUGUUAUUUUGUCCAUGUGCGCUGUAAAAAGAGCAGGUGAGCAGUGACGUGAACAAGAAAUGGAUAAAGAAAUGAUCCUCCGUUGAUGAUAGUCCUGCAGGGGAACAGAAAUAGAGGAAGAGGGAUGUACAGGAAUAGAGCUGUCACAGUCAAGCUGUUUUAUCAGAGAACAUAAGAGAAGAGACCAAAAAAUAAGACAAUGAAAACAAACGUGUUGUCGAGCCAUCAGAACGGCCUAGAUUGACUCUCGUUCUCCCCUUUGAGUCGCCAUCGUUCCCUCCCCUUCACACACAUCUUUCAUGUUCACGAUCUUCAGAGGGUUUGAAACAGGAAGGACUGUGUUCUGUUGUAGAUGGAUCAUAUUAGGAAACAGGGAACGUAUCACCAGUUAUUGUUUCAUCAAAUAAUUGUCUGAAAGUCUUUCUCUGCUUAUGUUCUUUUCCCAUGUGCGUGUGUGUGUGUGAGAGAGAGAGAGAGAAAGAGAGUGUGUUUUUUAUGGCCUCAUUAUCCCGUCAGAAGUCCAAGGUGAAGCAGCAGCUGUUUUGCUUCUCUGCACUCUGCUGACACAUUUUAGCGUCAUCCAAAACCUGGUUGAGCCUCCGCUUGUCAUCUUUCAUGCAGACAGAUGUCACAUUUCUGUAUCCAGACUAUUGAACUGAUCCCUCACGGACUCGGUCAAGGUCUUUGUCAGUUUAGUACGGAGUUGCCGGAGUCUAACGCAGAGGACAUUCAGCGAAAGAUUAAGUCAUUGUUGUGAGUAGAUAAUAGGUCAAAGAUUUAUUUUUGUGUGUGUGAAUUAGAAAGAAGUAAGCACUGCAUUUGUUUUUUGUCUGUGACUUUUGUACAGCUGUGUUGUGAUCAUCUUUUUUAUUGCUCCCCAUGGUUGCAUUUGUAAUUCAGAAAUACGUUACAAGUGCAAAGUUGGAAAUUUGACUCAUACAAACUCUACAAAGUCUACAAGGUAAUGUUUUCUUAUAAAGUUGGAAUGAUUUAUUAACACAAACAUUAGAGGAAACUUCAUAGCGAAGUGUUUUGCAGAUGCUUUCAGUCAAUACUGACGUUAAGUGCCAUGGCCACAUUAAAAUUUCAGCAGAGAACCAAAUUAAAAACAGGCGGGCGCCGCAACUAACCAGAAAUCCCACACACUGGCACUGAUUUGAGAGAAUCUCCACCAAGCUUUUAUUGUAAAAACAUUGUUAAAAAGCCUCAUCAGACUGUGUGUCUUUAUGCUGGAGACUAAAAAGACGAUCCUCUCUUUCGAUUUUCUCCUGUUCAACAUGGCCGAACAGUUUUUGCUGCUGAGCUUCAAUUCAGAAAACAUUCACUUUACAAACUUAUAACGGGUGUAAUCUUGAUUUUCUACCAAGUUGACAGGAAAAUCUUUUUCUGUUAUCGUCUUCAACAGUUUUUCCAAGCUAUACCUGUUUACAGUCACAUAACUCCAGAAUUACUCCCUCAAAUCUUCUGACUUCAUUUUGCUUAAUUAAGCCAAUAACCAGGCUUGAUUGUUCAAACCAGUCGUCUGUCUUAACCAAUCUCCCAGCUCUUAACGGUCACUGUGUUUGUAUUAAUGUAUAUUAGGGGUGUCCUGAUACAACUUUUUUACUUCUGAUAUGGAACCGAUAUUGUAGCCUUCAGUAUUAGCCGAUACAGAUAUUGACUCGAUAUUCGCUCAAAAUUAUGCAUGACAAGUGUUGCACUCAGCUGAAAUGUCUUUUCUGACUUAAACAAAAAUACUGCCAUAUGGCCGACAUCACUCCUAAUCCUUUCUACUUUGUUAGUACCGUAAUUCACACCGUUGCUGUGAUCGCUGUUAGAUAGAAGCGUGGAGCAGCAUCUGGAAUGGACUGCUUUCAUCGGAAUCCUGAUAUUGUAAAUUAUAGAUGCAGGCCGAUAUAAUUAGAUAUUCGGUUUUCUGCUGAUCUCAGACUGAUAUCCCGUAUCAAUUUCAGAUCGGGACAUCCCUAAUGUAUGUAUCUAUUUAUUUCUAGAUUAGACCACCAUCAGUGAAAGUAAAACUCUUUCACACCAUCCCUAUCGGAGAAUAACUGCUUUAUUUUUUACUGUUUGUUUAUUUAUUGGGGUAAAGAGAUCACAUUGCAGCAUAUGUCUGAAUUCUGUUGGUUUUACAGAACUGACUGACAGUCUUCUGGUGUUUGGAAAGAGCGAGCCUAUCAAAUAUUCAAUAUUCAAACUCAGAAAAUUACUGUUUCACUCGGUACAUUUCAUUUUUUGGGUUGAGUUUGAAAUUGCAACACAAUGCUGGAAACCAUGGUUUAAAUCUGCUGGGCUGUUUUUUUUUUGUGAGUCCUUGAAAACGCUGCUUGACUUCACAGGAUGUGCUUCUGCCUCUCUGCUUUUUGGCAGGCAGGUUGGGGUCAGUGCUUGAGUAUGUUAGUCAUCAUCAUUAUAUUCGGGUUCACCUUUUCAUCUGUGAAGGUAAAGGCUGCGGUUUUCUCUCCUUCACAUCCGCAGCAGGGUAGCAAUUAGUUUCCAUUUAUACCUCACCAGGCAACACUUAGCAAAAUUUGGCUGACAUUGAGGCUCAUCUCGUUUCUAGUGUAUGUGUGUCUGCUGUCUACACUCUCUACCACAUCACUCCCUGGUCUACUUGGCCUUAUAUUCUAGCUUCAAGUCCUUAGGCCAGGCUAAUCUCUCAGAGGGAUCUCCCACUAGACACUGAUGUAAUGCUGAGCUUUAACUGCCUGGAUGGCAGUGUACAAAUGUCCUUGUUGAGCAGAAAAGCUACUUUGACACCCCCGCUCAACUGCUGCUUCACCGCAGGCAUCUCUGAAAAAGUGUAGUGGAUGUUGAUAAAGCUUCCACAAGGUGUGACCACGGUGAGUUUACAAGGUUGUACACAGAAAAACUGCAUUUUUGUUGAAGUACAGGCUGCAAACAGAUACAUACUUGCAAUUUUGUAGGACUGAUCAUGCAUUCUUUAUGAAGAAGCACUGAGACUGCAGAAGUUCUGUCUGGAAAAAAAUAAUAAUAAUAAAGUCUCUACUUGUGAAAAGUUUUCCUACUCUCUAAAAACAUAAACCAAUGCAAAAGAUGUUGUUGUCUUGGAGCAGCAGCAGCCCAGUUCAUCUCAGAUGGUUUGCUUCUGUGCUCCUCAGAUUCAGAGAAACUGGACACAGCAGUUAGUGUUCACUCCUCCUCAAUAUACCUACCUCUCUUAAACUGUCCUUUCUAAUGAAGGUGAAAUGACCAAAAUCUAUGUUACGUAAAGUAGCUAGCACAACUCAUUAGGGCUGGGCAAUAUGGCCUCAAAUCAAUAUCACGAUAUAUCAAGCGGUUCACCUCGAUAACGAGAAAUGGACGAUAACUACUCCACAAGCUGCUCACCCUGUCCCACAUUAACUUCAUCUACUUCAGCUGCUACAACUUUUGAACCGUCCUCCAUCUCCUUACCUGUCUUUCCCUUUUUGUUCCAGACUGGAUGGGGUGGAGUCACGUCUCCGACGUAGGACAGUGUUUUAAAGGGACAUGAGAUUAUAGCCUACCUACACACAUCCAAAACCAACUUUUUUUUAUUUAUUUUUUUGGCACUGAUUAUACCGAUAUGGGCUAAAUGGCGUUGGUUAUGUCGUAAGUUUUGAUAUCUUCUGUAUUCGGUAUAAAUAUUUGGUUUAUCGCCCAGCCCUACAACUCAUUAAGCAGCGUCUGAUGAUCACCUGUGGUACAGCAGGAUAAAAUAAGAUAUAAAAUAUAGCACAAAUGGAAGGCUUUACUUAAGUCCUUUUUUAUGUACCUGAGAGGUUCUGAGAUUUUCCUGCUCUCUAAAUACCUUCAUGGUGAAACCUUUGUUGUAGUCUGAACUGUUCUCACCCUCUGUUCGUUUGUCGUCUCCAGAGGGAGGAGAGGAGCGGAGGGAGUGUGGAGGAGAGAGGAGGAGAGCACUCUGUGACAUUGAUCACAAUAGAGACAAUUUCAAUGGAACAAAACUCUGCGGCUGCUUUUCCUCUGCUCUUUUUUCAAAAUGUCAAACACCCACACAAGCCCCUCAGUCCCCCGUACAGUCCCCCUGCUAACACAUGCAUUACACUUUGUUAGCAUGGCUACAGGCUUCUGCGUAAAUGAUCUCAAAAUGAUCUUCCUACACACAAUAUCUCCCCUUCUCAGAGUGUGUGAGAGUGCUCGAAGCGAGCAGAGCAAUAAUGGGAUUCAUGCUCUACCUUUUAUGGCUCGAAAAUCACUAUCAUUGCUCUCAUCCUCGGCAUUUAGCCUGUUAUCACAGCUGUCUUACUUCAGCAAAAGCCGUUCAGAGCAGUUUCUUUUUCAUAUGAUAGUCUGAGGAUCAAAGUACUAAGUAUACGUUGAAUUACAAACUCUUGUUCAUAUGUUCCGAAUUUUACUAAUACAUGAAGUUUGAAGAUAUUAAGAUUAUAAGUUUUGCAUAAUAGUACAGCUGGUUUGACUGACAGGUGGGCACACAGUAGCUGCUAGCAAGGAGGCCAACUCCUCUUCUUGAUGAGGUCCACUGAGAGAAAAGUAAAGCAACAUUCCCAAUUUGUCAACUGCCUCUGAUAGGCUUCAAAACACUAGAGCUGUUGACAUGUCGAUGUGUGGCUGAGUCAACCAAAAUUCUGAUCGGUCGACUCAUUUUUUUACCACAUCAAUUCACAGUCUAUGGUCAAUUUCAUUAGGAGGAACAUACCAAGUGCUAAUGGGGGUGUUAUCAGAGCACCCCCGUUUCACAGGCAACAGUCUGUCUCAGAACACCCCCUUUGUUUUUACCAUUUUGGAUUCGCCCAACCCACCGGCUAUUGCAGAGCCGUGUCAUCUCAGAAGGGUUUGCCAUCAGAGUCAGAAGUCCCCCGAUUAGCCGAUUUUUGAUCAAAAUUUUCAGGGGUUUAGUCAACCAAGAAUUUCCUUGGUUGAUUACAGCCUUUCAAAACACUGCUUCAGAUACAAGUGACACUGUGCCCAUGUGUUUUAUUUUACAGUCUAUGGUCAGAUCUCACACAUGCAUUUCUCUGCAGAUAAACACAAACAAAGAAACCAAAAAAGGACCUCAUCAGUGAGAUGACAUUGUAGCCUUAUUUCAUUGCUUUGUACUGUGAAUCCGAUGAGGAUCUUUGCUCAAAUGUUCAGACACAGCACAGUCACGCAGUCCUGUAUUUGAGAGUGUAUCUGGUCCCCAGUGAAGCUCGGAGAAAACACUUUGUAGUCAAAAAGUUCAAGAAGUUUGUCUUUUUUUCCAUAACAGCCAUUGAUCAUGUUUUUCCCACUUUUUUCCCCCCAGAUGUUGCUAACGGCAGCACGGGCUACAGGCCUCCUCCCAGGACCAAAGAGGUGGUCAUCAAUGGUCAGACAGUAAAACUGAAGUAUUGCUUCACCUGCAAGAUCUUCAGACCACCUCGUGCCUCCCACUGCAGUCUCUGUGACAACUGUGUGGGUGAGUGAGAAUGAAAGUCUCUCUGUGUUUGUAUUUUUUUUGGCUGCUUCAUCUGUCAGGAGUCUUAUUUUAGCCACAAUUAUUUAUAGACAGCAGUGUAACAAAUACAAAUAGUGGAAACCAAAAUCAAAGCCAUCUUCCGCCCAGUUCAUAGUUUGUUCAGGUCUUCUGUUUCUAUUUUUAUCUUAACAAAAUGUCUUUACAAACCAGAGCAGCUGUCAGAUGCUUCAGUCUGAGGCCUUUUGAGAGAAUCCAAGAAUAUUUUAGGGGGUGUCGACUGCUGCUAACAGAACUAUCUCUUAACCCCUCACCCACACAGGACCAUACACAAGCACAAGUUUGUACACAUAAUUCAGGCUCAUGCAAAAACCUGUUUGAGACCACAAUCCAAGUUCAAUGUUUACUUUAUGAUGCCUACUUCUACCUUCAAGGGGUUUCCAGCAUACAUACCCCCAGGAGUUGGCAUCUAUACAAAGGAGGAAGAGGAAAUUCUUACAAUAAGAAAAAAAAAAAGAAAGAAAAGCAGCUUAAUCUGGAGCUUCUCUUUGCAACCACAUUCCCUAUCUCUGGAGACAAAGCGAAGUGAAUAGGAAGGCAAUUACGGAAAGAUAGAGUUAAAGAUACAGAGACCUGUAAGUCGGCAUCUUCCUCAUCAGGGUUUUUGUGCUGCUCACUCAUCAAAGCCAACUCCUUCUUUGAGAGUCUGUUUCUUUUUUUUUUUUUUUAGAAGUGAGGCAAACUGAAACCCCUGGGGAAGGAGAUUAGGAAGUAGUAAACAGGCAACAAGAUGAGGAGAGGGUAAUCAGAUGAGGAAGAUGCCCCUUAGCAGGAUAGAAGACAGACAGGCAGUUGAACAGACGGAUGGGAGGGCAGCAUUUCUCACAGACCUUGUUUUUCAAAAACACAAAGAUUGACUCAUACUUGAAGUGGAUUGUAAAUUUCUGAAUCGAAGAGGGUGAGGCUUCUUUUGAAUUAAAUUCACUUCAAUAGAUAUCCUGCCCCAAACAAAACAAGAUUAAGUAAAUGAGUGAAAGAUUUAAACCAGAACAGGGGCUGUUCUUGAGUUAAUAUUAAACCCAAAUCCUCAGCCAUGCUAAGAUUGUUGUGUGCCGUAGAUGGGAGAAAAGAGAGAAACAGAUAUAUAGUUGUUUUGUAUGUGCUGAAGGUGAAUGGGAGGGAUGAACUCAAGCGAUUGGAGUAACUUUUUCUUUCUUUGCUCUCAAAGCUCCAGGUCUCCAACCGGCUUAGAUCCAGAUACUCUGAAUGAAACCCUGAGUCAGGAUUCAGAGUUUAGUGUUUGAAUGACAAUGCAGGGAGUCGGAUCAUAGCCUGGAGCAAAGGACCAACGUGCACAUAAAUUAGAACAUUUUACUGGCCUUGUUCAUGAAUUCGUUUUUUCUUUUUUGUAACAUUAAUUCAGGUUGAAAAAAAUAGUGAUGUGGUUACCUUCCCUGUUUUAAGGUCUCGUCCACCCUCCCUGGUGCUGUAAACGCCAGGGGGCUAACAAGCUUUUAAAUAAGUCAGUGGUCAGAAUAGAUAGGGACUCCCCGGUGGAUGCAGAGCAUAGCAGUAGAGUUCCUAUUAAAACGCUUUUUCCCUCAGGGAGAAGAAGCUCAUAGGAGCUCGGAUAUACAGUAUGAUACACAAACAAACUCAGAGGCUGCCUCCAUUUGCCUUUAGGGAUGUGCAUGUUUAGUCCACAAAACAAUUAAAUGUCAUAACUCCCACUAAAUAACACCAGAGUUAAUAGUCCAUUAAAUUAAUUAUUUAUAUAUUUACAAAAAAUGCCCCCAUGGUGAUCUCAACGGUUUGAUCAAAGGUGAACUUUCUGAUUGAUCAGGAAUCUGCAGUUUAAGCCAAUCUCAUCUCGAUCAUCCAUUUUGCAGGCUAGUAAUCUGGGUUCGCCAAAUUGUACACACUAAAUGAGAAAAUACUAGAGCUCCCAUCAAAAAAUGGAGCUCCAGCCACAGCUUGGCCUUUAUUUUACUGACACACUGGUGCGCAGACUGCCAGAUUACAGCAACUGUGUUGUGAUGAGUGGGACCUGUUGGUGCCUAACAUCAGGGGUGUUGAUGUGUCUGGGGGUGAUACUAUCCUCUGACUGUGCGACCACGUCAGAGGAUUGGUAAUAACAAUGGGAGUCUUAGAUGGGUAAAUAAAGCACUUGUAGUGGACGAUCGCAUUCCACAGCUGUUGGCUGUUCCACUUUCCCUUAAUACUGAACAGAUUUCAGUAUUGAACCAUAAAGAGCCCAGGUUAAAAAAAUAACAGCUCCCCUUUAAGGGCUACAGCCAUGAUGCUGUAAUGCCCCUCUUCUGCUGCUCCUAACUCUAAUGAUGUGCUCAGUGAGAUUACAUAAGAUAAAGCUUUAGUGGCUCCAUGAGUAGAAAAGAAAACAGUUUAAAUAAGAAGGUAUCAGUCUGUUUGUUAUUGUUGUGAUUUACAGCUUUUGGAUGUAGUAAAACUGUACAAGGUGGAUCAUCAUGACACUGUAAAGCGAUUGCCAGCUAUGAAACACGUUCACAGGUGUUCCAGUUAUAAACAGGCUGAAGCUGAGUGUGCACUCAUCUCUACUUUGAUACAAUGAGGAUAGCUGUGACUAAAUACACAGAGAAAGAGAGAAUAUAACUCUCUCUUCUCCUCUCCUGUGGGUUUUGUUUAUUUCAUGCUCAUGAACAUAGGAACUGCUGCAAUGAUUGUAAAUGAGUAAAAAAAAAAAAACUUCCCCCUUACAUCCUGGCUGAGUGGACACACUUUGACCAGGUAUUGAUUAAUGGAGACAAAAGCAGGUCAAUUCACCCCACUUAACAAAUAAUUGUUCUGAUUAAUUAGUUAAGUUGAUCCCGCUGUGCACAGCAAGUUGCCUCCUCUGCACUAAAGUAGCUGAUGUUUGUGUUAACAUACUGGGAAAGCCCCCCGUAGUUCCAUGGCCUGAGCAGGAAAACUAUAGGCAACACUUUCUCUUGUCUCCAACCCUUUUUUAAAUCCCUUUUAAUCCCCAAACAUCUUCAGAUAUUCUCAAACUGAGUUCAUACUGGAGGUACUUUAUCUGUCAACCCCGAGGAAAGUUUCUCUAACCCUCUCAACCUUGCGCAGUCUCACAGUGACAGUGGGAAUUUUUCAGCCAUACACAGUCAUGUUGGGCAGACUUGAACAGGCUCAUAUAAAUAGCCCCUUCACACUAUGUGAAAUAUUUGUAUGUUAUUAUACCAAGACCCAAAGGGGCACUUCUCAUUUCCCUGUACUUCCCACCGCUCCACAUUUGUGAGGUUAACAUGAACUGAGAAAACGUUUUCGUUGGUAAAGAUGUCCUUUGGUACAAUAGAUGUCCUCCAAAGAACAUGACGGAUGCAUAGAAAGAAACCUGAUCUGCUUGUGUAUACACUCAGGAAAAGACAUGGAGGUUUGUCCGUAUAUAAGAACUAUCCUUACUCCCCUCUGUCUGUCUGUCUCCUUUCAUCCAUGCAGAACGUUUUGACCACCACUGUCCCUGGGUGGGGAACUGCGUGGGAAGGAGGAACUACCGUUUCUUCUACAUGUUCAUCCUCUCCCUCUCUUUCCUCACCAUCUUCAUCUUUGCCUUUGUCAUCACACACAUCAUUUUACGUAAGUACUUGAGUGUCGGGGUAAAAAAGAAUACGUCCUCAGGAAUGGUGCAUGGCCCGGGCACACAUACAUUCACACACACACAUACACACACACUCCUUGCUUCCUGGCUGUGCUCUUCAUGUGUUUAGAGCCAGCAGGUUGUAAGUGGGCGUUGUGAAAAGCUGCAGCAUUCUGGCUUGUUACCAUCUUUCCAGCUGGGAGCCUGCAGUGGUCUGUUGGGCUCCCCUUCAGUGGGUGUGCUUCUCUGUGAGUUUGUGUAAAUGGCACUCAGUGGAUCAAUGUUUUGCUGGGAAUAAAAUGUGGGACAACAAUAAGUGCUAGAAAAUUGUAGCGCUGAAUCGUGAUUUAAUCUUUUUUACAACAAGCCUGUCCUCUUUUUGAUGGUAAUUGUGAAUCUAAUGCUGUCAGAUUUGGCAUCACUGCGGGUUAAAAUCUGUCAUUCGUAGUCUCAAAUCAAGUUCGAGAACAUCCCAGUAGAUGAGUAAUCCAUCCACUUUACAAGCUCACAUUGGAAACAUAGUACAAAGAUGAACAGUUCAGCUUCACAUCAAUGAAAGUUUCUGUCCUUAAGCGUUGUAGAUGCUAAAAUCUUAAUAUUUGUAAACUUUAACUUAAAAAACGUACCAUUGUUUCUUUAUAUCCAAAUGUGGAUUUAUGACAGGUGUUAAAAGUAAAGGUUAAGGAAUAUGCAAACCGGACCAUAGAGACAUUUCAGGUGACUAAAUCUGCCAAGUUCAGUGACAUUGUUGUCUCCUCUAUCUUUGGCAGAAAAAACAGUUUGCUACAACUCAAUAUAUUGCAAUGUAUUGUGAAACUGAGUGUAAUAUGUUGUAAUCUGCAUUUUAAAUUGCAUAAUAGUAAAAUUUUUAUAUAAACUUAGUAUGAACCUCAUCACAUAAAAACAGGAUGAUCUGAAGAAUUUUUGUUCUCACUUUUAAAAUGUGUAAAAUGUGAGCAUUAAUCUAUCAUAGCCUAAGCAAUCAACUCUGCAGCGUCAGUCUUUCUACAGUCUAAGUAGAGGAGUUAGCAUUUAUCCAUAAAUUUGAAAAAAAAAAAAAAAGAAUAUUGAUCCCUGUUGUUUUGUGGUCUUACUGAUACUGUCUCAUUUCUCUCACAUCUACAGGUUCUCAUCAGAGCGGGUUCCUCAACGCACUAAAAGACAGCCCUGCCAGAUAUCCUUUCACUGAAAUCAGGCUUUAGCCACUCACUGUCAAAUGUUUGUGUCUGUGAAAUCAGAUUUUGUUGUUGUGUGUCAAUCAAUCUUUAGGUCUAGACCACCUUAUCCCCUUCUUGUUUAUCAAAACUCCAACCUUCUACCCUGAGAUUUAAUCAGAUACUAUCUUAACUCACCAUGAGCAGAACUCUUUGCAACAUUUAGCUAGUUAAAAUAACAAUGAAAAACUCUCUUUUGACCGCCAGAACCAGAAUAAUGUGAAGUAGUCAUUUUGGGCUUUGAAAAAAAGAAUAAAAGGAGAUGCAAAAAGGAAGAGUUGGAUGGAUAGAAAAAAAAAAACAUCUUUUACAUCUCCUUGGAGUCAAAUGUAUUAUAACUUAUUUCACACCAACUUCCCCAACCAAGUUCAUAAUAUAGGUUUGAUUUCAUUACCAUGACGUGCCUCUGUGAAGCAAUUCCAUACCAUGUUCCUGCAGUUCUCCGCAGUUUCACUCUUUGCACAACUGCUGUGUGUCAGAUGGGUCCUGUUCCAUCAGGCUAAUGCAGCACGCAAAGGCAACCCCUCAAUCUGUCUCUCGCCGAUUGAUUCAUUUGCUCUUUGAUUUCAUCUGGCUCCGACUUGGCUUCGCUCUCCCUUCAGAGAUGUUGUGUGAACUAGAUUUUAUACUGGUGUGGUCGAUGCCAAGUGUGUGCAAGACGUCUUAAGCUACAGCUGUUACAAAUACCCUCUAAGUCAGCUUAUUGUCUCAACAUAACAUCAGUGAUAAUCAUGUGGACUGUGGUUAAUCCAUACAAGCCAAACGCUUCAAUUUGACCUCCCAGUAGAGUGAAGUUUGACGUUUUUUUUAGCUUUUAGCUGGAUAAACCCAAGGCAGUAAAGAGAGUGCAAGAGUCAGAUUUUUUUGUCAACUUCUCAACAGACUGUAAGAUUUCUUUGAUCUUUUAUCCGAAACUUUUGACGGUGUAGCUUAACUCCUCUAAAGACAAAGAUGUUAUUUAUGUAUUCAAAUUAAACAGAAUUUUUAAAAGGUAUUAAAAAUAUGAUCAUUUACAGAAUUGACAAAGUUUGAAGUGAUGAAAUCUAAAAGAUACCCACUGUUACUUUUAAGCCACAAAUCAAGUCGAGAGCACCAGGCUAUGACACUGCUCUCUCUCUCACUCUCUCUCUCUCACUCUGCCCUUCUCUUUACGACCGGGUGAGAUAACUGUUUCUCUGGCAGAGAGAAGUGUGCAAAGCCAAGCUGAUAACAGCCUGUGUCCUACAGGACUUUAAUAAAAGAGAAUUGGUGUCGAUAGCAUCGGAGCAGUCCUUUGUGCUAGGUGAAUGAUGACAUGUUUUGUCCUUUUCUAAAGAGGAAGAAGUUUGGAGGAGAGAGAACUGGGAUUUUCAAUGGUGUUUGGUUGUUAUUUUCAGCACAGUUAAAUAGAUGCCUCUCAGCCACUCGCAAGUAAUAUUUAACGAGCCCUCUAAGUAAUUAAUUUUUUUUUCUUAAAUGUACUCUCAGUCGUGCGUCUGUAGUGUCUGGGUAUUUGCAGGUCUUAUUUCAUGAAUAAGACAUGAUCUCAGUGACGGUUUCCUACGAUACCGUUAUGAGUCACUGAGGUUUCAUUUGAAUAAAGACAGAGAGAUUCAUGUAGGACAGUGUCUGUGUUUGGUGCUUUAUGUGGAGCAGAGAAAAUGAGCAGUGUUUUGCAUUGCCAGCCAAAUGAACUGGUAACUAGGAACUAUUGGCAAGCAGAGGACAAGCCUUAGGGUGUAGGUCAAUAUGCUAGCUGUUACAGCUUGUACCGUUUUUGUCUACCGGGGCUCUAAAUGGGUUCAUGCUUAUGUGUCAGAUUUGAUUUCACAAUUUUGUUGCUUUCAUUUCAUUUUUUCACAUAUAUUCAAAUCUGUGUAAAAAAAAAAGAACCAUUAAUUACUCCUUGACUUAAUUUUGUCACUGUGCUAGAGGUGGUGGUGUGUUUCUUCUCUGUCUGGUCUAUAGUGGGCCUUUCAGGCUUCCAUACUUACCUGAUCAGCUCCAACCAGACCACCAAUGAAGAUGUGAGUAUGAACAAACACAAAAUGGACAUCAUUAUGCUGCAUAUGCAAUCUCCUAAAGUCGACGCUUCAAAACCCUGGCAGCCUCUUAGUGAAGAAUAGAGAUUUCCUGGCGCUCACACACACCGUUUGUGUCAUAAUGUGAUUAAUUAUACUGUACGGGAGACCGGGACUUGUUGUCACAUGCUGAAGGUGUCAUAUUGCAAUUAUCUUUGCUGCCAGAGGGUGUAACCAAAAAGUGGAAUACUAGUUUUCUUCCUUUACAUGGUCAGGGGCCGUGUGGGUCUGAGAAGAGAAAAGCACAUUGUGAGCUGAGAUGAGCUCCAAUUAACCAUUUUGCACAACCCAAAGUAAAAAAAUUUAACUUUAUAUAUUUUAAAAUAAGCGUCUUACAGAUAAAAAUCCUAGCAGUGAUACAUGUGGACUUGUUAGAGGAGAGAUUAAGGCAUCCUCUUAUACCUCAGUCAUUGUUCUGUUUUAAGCUAAUUUUAAGCUAGAGCUAGAAUAAGCAGACAUGGUAGUUUGGGGCAAAAUCCACUGUAACAUCUCACCCCAUGUAGUGAGACAACUUACCCGAUGGUUGGGCAACAUGCCACAUGUUUACACUCUCUAUUUGAUUGCUUAUAACUCUGCACUGACACAAGAUAUGAAAAUGACAUGAAUACAAAAUAUAUACCUGAGACUUUGGUCUUUCAUCUGGUACACAUUUUGUUUAUAUGUGAUGUAUUGAUUCCAAGAAAUUUAUAAAAGUGUAAAAAGUGUGACAACAAUCCCCAGUCUCCCCUACUAUCUUUUGAACUAUGUACUAAAAUGCCAGUUCACAGGGUUCCUACACAGUUGGAAUUUUCAUACUUUUCAAUAUCCUACUUUUUAGAAUUAUUUUUGGAAAUACCUCCUUUUCUAUUUUAUAAAACAGUAUUUUAGAACUGUGGUAAUAGUCUGGAAAUAUCUUUUAUUUUUCCAUACUUAAUUUUUCAUUCUUUUUAAGACCUGGAAAUUAAUCAAAUUUAUCUUCAUACUUCCAAUACUUGCAUGAGAACCCUGAGCUCAGGAUAUCUUAGUUCCUGAUGUGGAGAAAAAGGAGCAUUUUUUCUGUUUAAGUUUGUCUUUUUUGUCAGCAGCAUUUGUCACUGAAAAUAGUAGGAUAUGAUUUAAGUGUUACACACUGACGUCUGAUGUCUGUCAUUAUGAAGCUGAGCCAGGACUAAUGUUUUAGUGGUCUCUUCCAGAUAAAAGGGUCCUGGUCUUCUAAAAGAGGGAAGGACAACUACAACCCGUACAGUCAUGGCAAUAUAUUCACCAACUGCUGCGCAGCUCUGUGUGGACCCCUGCCACCGAGGUACGACAUGUAGUAAAGAUGCCCCGAUCGUGACAUAAAAAUCUGCUUGUUAACUGGUCUGAGAAAACUCAUUCUGUAGUUUUUCACAUUCCCUUCAAGAGGCCUCACCAUCUAACUCUUCCCCCACUCCAAACCCCUCCCCACUGUAACAGGAAAAUGAGCCUGCCUGAAGCCUUCCUUGAACACUCCGCGACUAUGAUAUAGCAAAAGUAGCCGCUUUGAGCAAAUCAAGGAUCAAAGUCGGCUUCAUUUAGUAGAAUUCACACUUAAAUUGUCCAUGUGAAAAUCUGAAAUAUUGGUGGACUGUCACAGCUACAUUUCAUGCACGUGACUGUUAUUUCAGUACAUAUUGCAUACAUCCCGGCUACUUUUACUUCAAUACUUUAAAGUGAAAAUUCUCAUUAUGUAAGCAUGAAACUGCAGGUCUGAUUUCCUCUCAUUACACAGCUCUUUCCUUUCUUUCGUCAUGGUUAGAAGUAUGUUCAUGCUGGACUCAGAUACCCACUAUCUGUUCUUAUCUUUCCCGACCACUGUUCCACUUAAAGGAUAUAACCCUCUCAGUGGUACUUAAAGUCAUCACCCACAUCUCUCAAUCCCAGGGAACUUUGAGCCUUUACCUUUACUGUCUGCUUUGCACUUUUUUGACUGGUAAGUUUAAGCAGAAAAGUAGUUGAAAAAUCACACAAGUAAGGUUUUGGCACACACAAGUUGUACUGUCAGUGUAGCUGGCUGUCAUAUAACAUAAGUCAGUGAUGAUGAUUCCAGUGGGUGGCAAAGACAGUCCUCGGUGCACAGGUGGCUGCCAUCUGGGCUUGUGUGUUUGUGGCAUUGUAUAAGUGGAUCCACCAGUAAAAAGAGGAAUGCUUCACCUCAGCCCCAGACUAUGCAUGAAAUUCUCUUACACCAACAGGCACAGAGACAAAGCCCUUUUGCAUUUUAUUCCCCGCUGAGACUCUGACUCACAUUUUCUAAUGCAUCAUCCUUUUUUUAAACGCUCAUUUCCUCCCAGCCGCAUUUGCAGACGUUCCGGUAUUCAUUACCAGCAACAAAAGCCACUGCUGUAGGUUGCUGCAGUUUGUCUGUGUGAUUCCAACAAACUAUUACCACCUGAAUCCAGCUCAGUCCCACAGGAACACACUGUCAACACACUCUGCGUUAAAUGAUUACCCUGCUUGUGCUGUUUAACACCACAGCUGUUUGUGUGAGUGUGUGUGCGUGCUGUGAAGCUUUCUUUGUGUCAGAUCAAACUCUGUCUUGCAGACAAAUAGCUAUUAUCACAUACAUCUGGCUCAUGACUGCACGCAUGUGCGCCUACGUAACAAGGGUUCAGCAGGUUGUCGGCUAACCAGCUGUGUCAGAGUUCUGCAGCAUUAACAGCAGGACAGAAACAAUGAUUCACUUCAGUGCUCCACUGCAGGACCUUACUGAUUUAUUAGCGAGUGCUUUGCAUGUGAGGAGGUGUGUGUGUGAGUGUGAUCUUGUGUGUGUGUGUUUGGAGUGUUGAGACUUAAAUGUUGAGGCCUGUACACAACACAGUACUCAUCCUUUUACACAAACUGCUUUUGUUUCUUAUCAUUAACAGAGUGGUGCUGCUGACACAAGGUCAUCUGACCAUUUGGCUGACUGUAACAGUCAGCCAAAGUGACUGACUGACUGAUUCAUUCAUACAUCUGCGCGUUAAAGCUUGAAACAAUCGACUUGAUGAACCUGCUCUUCUGUAUUUAAUCUGCUCAUUUUUCUUUGUAAUGAUUAUGGAUUGAUGGAAUUCCCUAAUGCACUUCUCCUUUCCUUUGUCUCUCUCUUGUUAGUCUUAUCGAUAGACGGGGCUAUGUCCAAUCAGACACACCGCAGAUGGCGCCACCAACCAAUGGCAUCACUAUGUAUGGCGCCACCCAGUCACAGCAGAGCCACAUGGUAAGACACUGACCAGGCUUUUUAGGUACAUCCAUCAGGUUACCACCUUCAUGAAGAAUAAGACUUCAUAAGGACUUGUUUUCAAGUGAGGUUGUUUAAGGUUCUUUUCAAUUGUCAACAGCACUGUGUGUAAUAGAUAACAGCGAGCACAACUCCUGUUAGGAGAAACCUGACUGAGUCCCUACAUGCAAGUCAAGCUAUGUACUGAUCGGGCCACAGAAACCACAGACUUUAUGGACGUGAUGAAAUGUCAUUCAUGAUGGGGACAACAGGAUAGUGUUUUGUCAAGCAUUACUCUAUGUUUUCACGUUCACUCUCUUUUUUCAGUAAUGAUGUGUGAUUUUAGGUGGUGUCUCUUAGGAACCACUAACUUAAACACUUAUCCGAUAUCAAACCCAGCAUGCAGAGGUGUUGGACGUUGAAACAAGGGAACAGGCUUUUUAAAGUAAGACUCCCCUAACUAAGUAAAAGUCAUGGCACAAAGUAAACAGCUUAGUCUUUAUAGAGGACCCUUCUGCUGCUUCUCAUAACAGGAGCCAUGACUGAUAUCCUUUGUGCAUAGUAUAUUAAGCUAUUGAUAAGUAGCCCAUACAACCCCAUUUCAAAAAUCUUAACUGUUCCUGUAAAGUUACAGGAAGGUUUUCUUAGGUGUAGCUUUUAACAUCUGCCAUUCACCUUUGUCUUAAGUACAAGGCUGCAUUUUUCGGCCAGUAAAUAGGAAGAUCAAAUGAUAUUGAACAACAGCUUCACUCUAUUUUUUAUAAGAUUCUUUAACGUGUUUGGACUCAGAACUGGGCAAGUGUUGCACUUUUUCCUUCCCCUAUUCCCCUCUCCCAGUUAGGAGUCCCAUCCUACCAGACAUAACUGAUGAAAUGCAGAAGAUUGCAGAGGGAGCAAGUGAUGUUAUCAAUUUUUCAUGGGUCGCUCUGUGUUGUCAGUAAAUUAGGUCAAUAGAAGCGAGGAAGGUUCAUGUUUAUUGUGUGCAGGGUUGUAGGGGUUCGGUGUGUGUGUGUGUGUGUGUGUUUGCGCUGUGGUGGCAUCAUACCCUGAGAUGUAAUAUUAAUCUCAGUUUGAAAUUUAAUGAGAAUCAGAAUGAUGGAGAUUUGAAAACCUUUGCCUUCCUGGAUCAGCUACUUUAUUUUACCUCGGAGAAGGUUUUUUUAAGCAGUGUCAGUUUGGAUCACCUUGAUCCAAGAACAAACUCUGAGAUUGCUAUUUGAGGAUAGUCGGUGCUUUAAUUCAGAUGGCAUAUCACAGUCUACGCUACAUUAGCCACGUUUACAUGCAGACUUUUUUCUCAUUCGGAUUAUAAUCAUUUCGAUUGAAGCUCCCAGGCGAACUGUUUACAUGGAAGCGAUCUAUUCUGAUCUGGUGUUUACAUGUGCCACGGCAUUCAAUCGGAACAGCUAUUUACAGACACGUGAUACCUUCAAACAUCACGUGAUUGAUUGAUCACGUGAUUGAUUGAUCACGUGAUCUCCGACGCAGACCAGUGCAUCGUGCUCUGCUUGGAAGCCGCCAUCAUGUUUCCAUGUGAGUCAUACGUCACUGCUUGUUUACAUCAGGACAGAGCAUGCGCAGACAGAACCCAGCCUGACAACUUUCCGAUUCACCGUUUACAUGACAGGAUUUUGCUUUUAAUCGGAAUGGGAAAAGGAAUAUUCUACCCCUGUGAAUCGGAAUGAAAUUCCAUUCGGAAUGGGCCUGUUUAUUCCGAAUGAGGUGUUUAUAUGGAGCAUUUUCAUUCCGAUUGGGCUUCUAAUCCGAUUAUAUUCGGAAAAUUUGGCUCCAUGUAAACGUAGCUAAUGAGAACAAGAGCUCAGAUAGCAUGAGACCACUCGGGAUGUGGAGGCGAGGGACAUUAAACAACAUAAAAUGGCAAAAACAACAAUACAAAGACUAGUCAGCCCAUAUCUGAUCCACAAAGUACAUACAGAAAAAUAUUAAUAUUAAAAUAUUAAUAGAAGCAGUCUCUUGGCCCCUCAGUAAAAGAUGGCACAGACCUUGUCUCAGUUGAUGUUCAUAAACCCAGAUUUGUCCCAGAUCCUCAGAGUUGACAUCUUGACCCAUGAUAAUCUGGAAUGAACACAAAAGAAUUUAAUUUGUAAAAAAAAAACAUCUGUCGACUAUCUCCUUGAAAAGGAAACAUUUUGAUUGGACAAAGUUUAGAUAUGUGAGUAAUUGAUAAAUCAUUGAAUAGUUAUUUCAGAGACUUUGGUGUGGGGACUUAUUUUUUCUUAAUCUAGAUUCACUGGCUGGCAGAUUAAGUGUUUAUAGACUAAUCUGCUGUUACACUGUAAAAGUUGAGAAAUGAAGUUGUGACAUCAUUGUUCAUCAUUUUUAACCUCAGAAUAUACAAAACCUUUAUUUAACAUGUGGCAGCCUCCAAAGUUUAAUAUGAAGUUUAUAAGAAAGUGAGAAAAGCUGAUGUUCUGUCAUUGUCCACAAACCCUGUUAGAUUAGAACCAGAAAUAAACCCAUUUAAAGUCUACAAAGUCAUCAGUGUUAAAGUAGUUACUCAUUUACACCUUAGUGUGUUUUAUCAAAGUAUCCAAAAUCCACAGAAUCUCUGAAGUAUUUCAAACAUGUAGACCAAAUGUUAAAAACAAGACCGUGUGUUGAGAUAUGAUUUCAGAAAGCCUUUCCCUCCAGAAAGAGCUCAUUUUAAGUUUUUCUUCUUAUUGAAAAACUGGAAUUCGAUCAGAUUAGUUAUGAAUUACUUUGCCAAUCAUUCCUUCACAACACUGAUGCCACAGUUUCUUGCUGUCCACCCAAGGUUAAAAAAGCAAGAACCAUGAAAAGAAAAUGUGCAAACCCUAAAUCUCAUAAACUGAGUCAGUAAACAGAUUUACUCUGCAGUGUAAAACAGUGAAGAGCUGGUCCCCAGGCAGAGACAUUGUACUGACCUCACUGGCCACUUUUCCCUCUAGAGCCUGAAUAGAAGCAACAAGUCUCUUGUUGUUCACUCUGGCUGUUAGCAUCACACAUUACAUGCUAGAUUUAAGGCCUAUUCACACACUGCUACUAAAGGUCUUUCACUGGUGCCACAGUCGUCUUGUUGUUCUCAUCCGAACUCACCCCGUCACUUCUCAUUGAGACGUUUUACAUGAAUGUCAUCUGUCUGCAGGUCCUGAAUGUGUGAACUACUUCUAACGGUGCUGAGGGCUGUAGGAACAUUCCCUUGCAUUAGCACACUCAGAAAUAACUGCCAUCUGUUUGCCAUGGCGCUCAUGAUCAGCAGCUGGAGCUGUCCUGUCGUGCCCCCAGCUGAGCAGUAGUCUCCGAACUGAUUCAGAGUUGGCUUUCGACUGCAGAUCCAUCCAUUCAUUAUCUCUCCAUCUUGACAAUACCUGAGGAAUUGCAGAUUUCUUGUCAAACCCUCCUAUGACUGCGGUUGGGGAUGACAAACUCUGCUCUUUACCUCAUUCAAAUCUUUAUUUGCCAUUGAUUAGUCAUUGGAGUGUCUGCUAGAUUGAAUAAGUUAAAUGCUUCAAAGCUCAGUGAAUACAAGUCUCUUAUUACAUUUUUCUGUGUACUUGAGAGAUCUGUGAGUGUGUGUCAUUUGAAGAAAGAGCGCGAUUGUGUGUCCAGUCUGUGUGUGUAUAAGAGAGAGAUUGAGAAGUGCAGAGAGACUGCAGAGAAGUAAUCACACUAGACUGCGGUUUGUCAAUUUGGAGGCAAAAAUAGUCAAAAAUAAAGGGCAGUGGGUUAGCCAUUUUUAUUUUAGGAUCUCUUCUUGUCCACUUCACUUCCCCAGUUACAGACUGUGACUCAGACUGACUGUGUGAAAAAGAUUGUGUGUGGAUAAACAUGUCUGUACUUACAAUUCUUGCACUGUUCCCAGCCAAAUCAAUCAAAUCAAUGUAUGGAUAUAACCCCCUACUAUCACCGUGAACUUUGAGGAUUAAGCACCGCUUGAGAAAGCUGGGACUUAGCUCAAGACAGAUGUUUUUUACCUCGGAUUUGUCAUUUUGAGGAGUGAUGUUGUGACAAUAUGCAGACAAAGCAAAUGUUGGUGUAUCUCAGGUAAAAUGCUGACUCACACCUGUCACACAGUUCAGCUGCAUUAUUUAUAGCAUCAACUUUAACAAAUAUCUUUCUGAGGGGCUUUGUGUAAACAGCCUGGUGUGUCAUCCCAUGUAAGCAGUUGCCAUGGUAACUCUGUAAUAUGAUGUCAUUACACAUCACAUCUUAGUAACAAAAAUCCUUAUUUGGUACUUAAUUUUUGUCAGAAAUGGGAACAUUAUUAAUUUGACUGAAGCCUUAAUGAUCUCUGGUUGAAGUGUCGGUUGAUGUAAAUCAUUGUAGUUAGAACAACACAAAAACUGGCAGAAAUCCUCUGGAGUCAGCUCUCAAAUGUAAAGAAUUAGUUUUACACGGUGUAAUAUCAGUGUUAGGGUUUUUUGACUUUAAUUUGAGUAACUGAUCAUAUAUCAAAUGGAAAACACAACUCAGUCUCCACCCAUUGUGAGACAUGAAGCGCUGGCAUUAUGUAUCAUAACUACUACACAUAUUGCACUGGUGGAGUCGAGGCAUGUGCAGAGGAUAUCUGGCUGGUGGAGCUGCAAGGCGAACGUCACAUCCCUCCAUCAAUCAAAACAUACAUUUAUCAAACUGAUAAAAUGUCAAAGAUCUAACCCUGACGUUUUCUGCUGCUGUUUGUCCUUUUCUUUGCUAAUCUGUAACAGACCGCUGCAGGGCCCUGCGACCAUCAACAGAGGCGACCGUCUCUUAAAUAGCUCACUGAAACUGAACUUCAGCAUAAGAACUAAGUGCUAGAAAAGAAAAAGCAUGCUUGAUAAAAAUGUAUUUAACAGUAUUUUAUUUUGUAGUUUGACCAAUGCUCUACCUGUUUCAGUGGAGGAGGUAGACUUCAUGACUUAUACGGUGGCUUUAAGUUAUGACUUCACUCAGAAAAGCUGAUCUUCCAGCCCUAAUUUUAUACAGUCUAUGGGUUUGACUAAAGAAGCUGCACAGAAAUCAAUUGGGGAUCAUCCUAUUUUGCAAUAAAAAUGGAAAAUGUCCUGAUAAAAAUAUCAAAAUAUCAUUGAGGAAUACAUUUAAGUUGCAGCUCUUGUUUGGUUUUUGACAUACAGUAGCUAUAUGAGAUACUUGCCUUAACUUGAAUGCAAUGAAGGUGAAAGCCGCCCUGAGCUGUUUUUCAACAGUACGAACACAGAGUGUAACCAGAUCAAGCACCGUGUCUGUGUUGAUAGGUGUACGAUGAGUGACAGACAAACAACACCAAUGAUGCCCAACAGAGUCUAUUUGUUCUCUGAAGAGCUCGACAUAGUUAAUGUUAGGACUCAGUGCUGUAUUUCUCAGGCCUGUUAGACAAAAUGUACAACUUUGAUCAUGUUUCACAUUUGUUUGACUGUAUUUGUUAUUACCUCCUCAGUCCUAGCAGACAGUUGUGUGUUGUCAGGAAUAACACAGAGACUGCCGUGAUCUUCAUACUAGAUUCAGCCUGUUAAAAACUGUAUUUCUAUCUUUGAAUAUCUGAACAUGUUUUGACUUAAAAAGUAAAUGCAGGAUCAUUUUUACAGAACUAGCUCAAAAUGCAGAUUUAGUCCAGCUAUGACUGUGUAUAAAACAUGGUUCUAAAGUAGAAAAUCACAAAGCCCUGUAUUUCCUUUUUUUUUUUCACGCUGUCCUUUUCAUUUAACGUCUCACACAUCAUUGAUGAUGCAGCUCUGAUGUGCUAACGUGGCUAUGAGCAAGGUUUCUGUGUCACUUCAGUCCGAUAAGCACAGGUCAGGUCGGUCUUCUUAAUCACCUGGAGACAGACCAAGCUCAUAAAACGGAUGAGUCCAGAUCAGUUCCUACAUAGAGCUGAUAGGAGAACUGAUAAUCCUAGAAGCACAUCUCUUCUACUGUCAAAGGUGGCUCAACUUCUGUGUAAAUCUUAUCUGUAAUCUAUUUUAUAGGUCAGUGAGAUUGAGGCAGGAAGGUGAGAUGUCAGAGCACGUUUUAAUGCUUCUUGUGAGUUGGACUUUGGGGCUGGUGGGAGAUGGAGGGAGGAAUGUAAAGACCUUUAUCACUUCUUUUCUAAGGCUUUUUAACCCUGUCACCUUUGUGGUCUGUAAUCUUGAAAUUGUGGUGAUGAAGGGCCAAUGGGGUCAAAGAUAGUCCCUUGCUGCUCAUUUACUAUAUUGAUGAUUGGCAACCCAGUUUCUCUGCUCCACUUUUACACGUGAUUUUCACUGUAAAGCAAGGCAGUAACAGAUCAAUGCGCCAUAAAGCAUGACUAUAUGGAACAGUGUGUUUAACUCUCUGUACUGACCUGGGCUCUGCUUUUACUGGGGCAGAGGAAAAAUUUGGUGCUGGUUCUGUGUGGCUCUGCAUUUUAACAAGGUUACUAACAUCUCUGUUACUUCUUUUUCUCUCCCUUAUCCAAUCACCUUUCCCCUCUGCUGUCUUGAUCCGGUGUGUUGUUUCUCCUCUCCUCUCCUCCAUCUAAUUUUCAACUCUGCCUCACUUUUAUUUAUUUUCCAUUUCCCUCCUUCACCUCUGGCAUCUUAUCUGUCUCUUUGACUUUGGCAUCUCCUGCCAUAUUGUUCCCUCUCUCUCUCUCUCUUUCUUUCACAUACUCUUUCCACUGCUUCUCUCAGUGUGACCAAGACCAGUGCAUUCAGAGCACCAAAUUCGUUUUGCAGGCAGCCGCCACACCUCUCCUCCAGCAGCAAAGCAGUGAGCCCGUCAUCCUGACAGGUUCCCCUGAAAACGGAGGCUCCCUACCUGGCCGCACUUCUCUGGGCCUUGGCGGUCCGUGCACUUCACUUCCCCUUGGCCAGCCCACCCCUCCGACAUCCACUCCCAGCCUCAGCAUUCACGAGGCCACCGACAUGCUGCCAAUCCAUGGACACGGACACACACUUAACCACAGCCACCCCCUGCAGGAACCAAUAGCCCACCAUCACUUCCUCACCCCAGAGGAGGUGCCCUCGCCGCCGGGCAUGCUUCCCUGCGGCAGCCCACUGGGUCACAGUCACACGGUGCAGGCAGGCUUCUACAACCCUGCCAGUCAGGACUCCCUACAUGAGGACUCUGUCAGAGGACUGGUAAAGCUCAGCUCUGUUUGACAGUGGGACAUGGACCUCUUGAUAACAUGCAUCCAACCCGUUAAGCUUUCCUGUGCCACUUCAGUGCCACCUCACUCUCACCCUGUACCUGUUUUCCUUUCUUCUCUCUGCGGGACUUGAGAACUGAAAAAAAAAAAGCCGUGGUUAAAAUUCAGCUGCUUGAAACCGAAUGGAAUUUAAGUGACUGAAGUGAAACCAGUUUUCCUCAGCCAAUGGUCUUGCCCAAACCACUUCUCUGGAACUAAGAAAGAUAUUUUUUGGUGUGGCGGCCGGUGUGUGAAAGCUCGGACUUACUCUUUCCUCUUAAGGGAAACAUCAUCUGUUUUCUCCAGGAAACAUGACAGGGGAGUUUCCUUUUCAAGUGGAGUGUGUCUUGUGAGCCAUGCUAAGCAAAAAAAAGAACACGUGUUUUGACCGCACAUGACAUUUUUGGUCAAAUCGAUGAAUUUCUUUCAAUGGACUAAAACUCUUGACAGUUUUUUAAUGACAAACUGAAGCCUUUUUGCCUGUUGCUGAUUGGACAGCGUCUUUUGCCUUUUUUUCUCAGAUACAUUCUCAGCAGUGCAAUGGUUGAUGUCAUCAUGUUGCAUAUCAUCCUGCUUUUUCUAUGUUAAAAAAGAGACAGUUGUACUGUACUUUGGUUAUUACAGAUCUCACCAAUUAUGUUUCCUGUGGAUAUUAAUAAAACACAAACUUUUUAUCAGA